ACCUUUUAUUGUUUACAUACACCCAAAAACAACAACAAAAAAAAUGUUCAAAGAUAGGCACGAAAUAUAACCAAAAUGAUUUUCCAUUAACAUUAUAAAUGGGUUUUGCCAAAUGCAAUCAAUGACACUUUCUUACAUUAAAAAAGUAUUCCAUUAAAGUGUGAUUAGUAGAUAACAUUAAAGUGGAACAAUCAUGUCUCUGGAAUUUACAAAAUUAAAUAUCUCCUAUUUACGUUUAACCUUUUUUCAUGAGAUUUUGAUUUAAAUUUAUAGUAUAGACUUAGCAAAUUACAGUACAUUUGGGCAGAGCUAGGCAAAUGUUGCAAGUUAAGAAGAAAUACAGAAACAUUGGUUUCAGUUCUCUUCAUCUCUAUGCCGACUUCCAGGUGCAAAGGACAGAGCAUAUAACAAUGAUUGACAGAGCGCUAAUAUGGAAGCGCCUAUUAGAAGGAUAAAGAGGUGAUAAUUUCCACAUUUAGUUUUAUUUUUCACACCUCAAAAAUACAUAUAUCUGUCAAAAUAUACCGAUAAGUAAACGUGAUAAAAUUCCUGGGAAAUCCUCUCCAGCUUCAACUGUGUUUUAAAGAGCAGUACCUAAACUUAGAUGAAGUAUAAAAACGCUCAACUUCCAUAACAAUAAGCUGCAUAUUGUAAACUUCUCUGUGCUGGGAUUUUAUCGUAUCUUGUUAAAUCUGUCUUAAUACUUGCACAUAUUUUUCAUCCAUUAUACAGAAUAGCAGAAUGUGUUACACAAUAAUAACAAUUGAUAAAGAGGGCCUAAGCCUAAUUAAGUGACAAUGUCAAGUGCCCAAGGUAUUUUCUAUACAGGUCCAUUUUUCUAUCCUUGCUCAUGCGCAGAAAUUCAACAGCAAUUAGUUGCAAGGAGAACGAUACCUUACUGAGAACAUACCUUUCUGUAGGUGAUUUCUGAAUAACUAUUAAAAGGGAAACUCCAAGAUUUUUAAUAUAUUUUCCUAUUUCAUUUGCAUACAACAACUAAAUAUGAAUAUUUACAUGUUUACAUGCUCUGUAGACCUUAUGCCAAAAUGGACUGAUCCACAUAUAUAUGUUUUACGGUGAUUGUGUGGGUCUUUCGAUUUAGGAAUAGACUCCUAAAAGUACUUUUAGAUAGCACAGAGCAGAUAAUCUUUGGUCCUUAACAUGUUAAAUACCUGAUUUAACCUCAGUGGGAGGUGUGUGCAGUCAAUACUGCUAAAUUCUCCAACCAUAGAUUGGUAGCAUAAAAAAAAAAAAAAAAAAGUUCUUAAACCUUUUAUCCUUUGACUUUGAUUGGAUGUUUCAUAAUGACUUGUGAUCAAGUGCUUCAUAAAUAGGUUAGUUUUCCCGCUUACCUUCGGCACUAUAUUUGCACUCUGCUUCAAUAGAUUUUAAUUCUGGAAUUCAGAUCCCUAUGCAUUCAGCCUUGUUUGUCACUCAAUGCAUAAAAAAAAAAAAAAAAAGCUUUGUGAUUUGGAUUAGACUUAGAGUGUUUCAUAACGUACUGGUUAUGCUUGGUAGAAUAUACUUCAAUGAGCAAAUUGCACAUAAAUCAUAUGGAUUUUCAUUUUUUUUAAUCCACUAUAUUUUUAUGCAAAUGAUACCUGGCAGGCCACUGGCAUGGUCACCUGAAAAUGAUUUCCAUAAAUCACUUUUAAACAGAGAUAGAUCAGAUAGAUACAAUUUCAUGGAACCAAUCAAGAGUAACUUUAGGUGAAAAUGUAAUUUGAAGGUCUUGCAAGUUUUUAGAAUGGAGGUGGAUAUCUUAAAAUGAAAUUUCAAUGUUCACACCCUCUCUGAGAGUGAUUAAAUAAGAGCUACAGCAAGCAUGUGAUGUCAGCAGCCAAUCUGAGUUUGUGGCAGAGUAAGCUGUCAGCUAUCCAAUGUGCAAGAAACAGGAAAUAGUUUUUUUGAAUGCAAAUAAUAAUUAUCUGCGCUAAACGUGACCAGGGUUACCCGGAAAGUUUUAUUUGUUAAAUUUGUCUGAGUCUAGCACGAUACAUCAGAAGGUAUCAAUGUGCACAUACAUUACUGGCUUUAUUUUUUUAAUAUACAAUAUACAAACCACAUAUCCUAGAUGAAAAAAAAUAAUCGGAGACGGACAAAUCAUGCUUAGUCGGGCACUACAUCAAAAUUGGAUUUUAUUUACCAUUUCGUAGUGUCCCAGUCUGGGUCACUGUUACCCAUUUAUUAAAAUGUACAACUCUCAGGGGAAUUUCUCUUCUCUGCUAUACAUUCGUACACAAGGUUUCAGUUAUACGGUUGAGAUAUAUAUGCACAUCAUGAGGCAAACUUGUGAUUUAAUUACAUUUAUUUUAAUGUCUUACCUUAUGCCAAUAUAGAAUUAAUUUGCAACAGUAUGUUAUAUAUAGUUACUCCAGUAGGCAAUUUGGCUCAUUUUUUUUUUUUUUUAAAUCUCAGCACAAUUUUAAUACUGCUAUACAUCAAUACAUAAUUAUCCUUCCCAGUAAAACAUUAUAUAUAUAUAUAUAUAUAUAUAUAUAUAUAUAUAUAUACAUACAUACACAUACACACACACACCCUCACUAGAAGUAAUACAUUUAUAUCUACAUAUCGUGCUAGGAUGUUUAUCAUCUAAGUUACGAAUUUAAAGAUGCGACCCGGUUUUGUUUAACGAGCUCUGUAUGCGUCCCAUAUAGCUUGCCAAGCCUGGCUAAAGCUCAUUAUUCUCUAGUUCUGUGUUGAACGUACAGAGCAGCAAGCUAUCAUCAUGUUAAGCCUAUCUACACAUUUACUAGCACAGGCUAAUACUAGCCCUAAAUGAAGUUAUAACACGGAUACACCGCCAAACCAUCAUCGUCACGGGGAACUUAACAGCCCCAUCGAAAAACGGUUUCGUUUUUUUCCCCUGAUUACAAUACCCUAUGCGAUCAUUAGGGCACCUGUAAGCUGGUCGGAGCGCGUUACCUGUUUAUAGUCAUUUGCCAUUUUACAUCCCCAUAUAACGGGCAGCCAUAUACUUUGACGCUAUACAAGCAACAAUAAAAAUAUUUAUAUACAUAUAAUUAGCAUAUGAUAUUAAUAGACAUGUAUCUCCUUACAUAAUACCACACAAUUAUAACACUAUCACAUUAAUAAACCACAAUUAUUGUAAGAGCAAAGUUCACAUCCACCUUAAAGGAGAGGUAGAUCUUUCUGCAGCUCAGACCAUCUGCCAAGGACACGUGAGGGGGCGGGUACCUACCUUCUCCCCCUACAGUCCAUUAGUUCUAAUUUGAAUAGAGCUCGGGCUCACUUUAAGAACACAUAAACCACCAACUGGCAGGAAAAACACAUCGGGCGAACUGCACAGCCAAUCGACGCUCUCUCCGAGAUCGCUCAUUUGCAUAACGGCCGGGGCGCGUGACGUGAGGGGACUGGGAGUGGGCGGAGCUUAGCACUGUUCGGGUUUGAAUGUCGGAGCAAACGGUGCCGAGGGAGAAGGAGGGCGAGUGUUAACGCAGCGGAGAGGCGGCGCCGGAGAGACCGAUUGUUUCCACUAACGGACAAUUUUCCUGUUUGUUCACCCUGCGACACGUUCGCCUCCAUGCAAAGGUACAUCCGAACAACGUUUCUUGCGCUCCGAGCGGCGUUUGCGUUGCGACACGAUAAGCAUUGAGAGUUAUCACCCGCGAGGUCUUUUUUACUCGCCUGUAAACAAGAUGGCGCCGGCUGGGAUUUGCGAUAACGAGUUGCGCAGCGCCCUCUGCCUGUCACAGUUGGUAUUAUAGGGGCAUGGCUCGAUGUGUACCACGUGAUUACCAUUUCAUCCUUUGUUUGAAAGGUCUGGGAGUGCAUGCGUUGGUGUGUAGCCGCAUUUCUUGCACUCUUAGAAUGCUCAGUGUUUGCAUAGCUGCAGUUAUUAUGGAAGGGCGGGAAUCUACACGUGGUUAAGAUAAUCAUCCGUGUACAUCACUUUAUUUUCUCUUUUUGCUAGUCAAGUUGUAACUGCUUAAGUUGAACUAUGGUUAUAACUUUUUUUUAUCCUUUUUAAGUAAUGCUUAAUUUUCUUUCUGUGUUCAAAUGACUUUGUCUUAAACUACAUGCAUUUUUAUAAAUGUAUUUUGUGGUAUUAUAAAAAAAAAAAAUAUAUAAUAUAUAUAUAUAUAUAUAUAUAUAUAUAUAUAUAUAUAUAUAUAUAUAUAUAUAUAUAUAUAUAUAUAUAUAUAUAUAUAUAUAUAUAUAAUUUUGCACAUUACAUCCAAAAGUGGAUUUAAAAAAAAAAAAAAUUUUUUUUUUUUUUUUUUAAGGGCUUUUUGAUACUUCUUACACCUUUUUAUGAGUCUUGGUGCAUUGUCCACUAGUUAUGUUAAAUCACAAGAAGUUCUACAAAACAUGAAGUGACUUUUCACAAUAUCCAGAGGCUGGUGUCUCCUCAGCGAUAAUUCAGAAUUAACGCAUUCUUAUAAAUUUUCACCCAAACUGGAUGGUGGUGAUUUUUGGGGGUGAGGGGUUAUUAGUUUGGAUUUCUCGUUCUCUCAGUGCCAUUGAUGUUGGAUGAAAUUGAAACCGAUAAAGCUGUAGUGUAAAUUACUAGUUUAUUUUUAUUAUUUGUAUCAUUUAUAAUGCUCUUGAGAAGGGGGCGGGGUGGUUGCUGGAUGCCAUAGACAGUCCCCAGCCUGAGUUUUUGUCAAAGCGCUCCUGAAAGAUUUGACAUCCUCACAGCUAGGCAAAGUAAGCGCUACAUCCAGCUGUAAAGAUGUUUGCUUUGUGUAUCCCUUUACGUGUUAGACUGGUGUACAAUAAACUAUGCUGUUACACAAAACCGCAAAUAUCAAAGCUUAGCCAUUGAUACUACUUGUUUUCAGUGCAACGAUUUAAAAAAUAUUCUUUGUUAGUGUUGUUUUUUUUGAAAAAAUGUGGUUUUAACGGUUAAUAGAAGGGGAAAAAAUCUAAUUAUUAGCUUACUUUUUAGGUCAAUUAAUAAAGGUCUGAGAAAGGUCAGACUUUACUAAACUAGCAGCACAUAAGUAGAAAACAAAUUCCCUAGAGAAAAUCGGGUAAUGUAUUUUAGAUUUAUAAUAUUGAAGCGCCAACAAAAUGAGGCAGCAUUGUACAAUAGGUGGAUUAAGAAACAAGUAGUUACAACAAGAUUGGUUGGAUGUAUAGGAACAAGGUGCUGAGAACGCUACUCAAACAAGCUUACAUUCAAAGGGGGAGGGGGGAAAUUGGAUAUGGUGGUUUGUAUAUAGGGGUUUUUAUUUUUCUUCAAGUUAAAAUAUUACUGUUGUACCCCUAGUUCAACUAUGCUCAUUUUAAACAAAAAUAAUUGUUGAUUUAAUGCUGUGCUGUAAACACCUAAAAUGGUUGAGUGGUAUUAUGGUGCAUCAUAUCUCACUGUUGCAGCUUUACAAGUGAUAUAUGGGUGCCAAAUCAUUUCUGAAGGUAACUCUGUGGCAUAGCUUCCCAUAGGCAUUUAGUGGUAGAAAACACACCUCCGAAACUUUUUAUUUCAUCAUAUAAUUAGAAACUGUAUUGCUCCCUUUUUUUUUUUUUUGUACUUUCAACGUGGUCGAGGUGACAACUAUGCAUACUGUUUAACAACCUGGAAUUUUGGGGACUGUACUUCUCUCCAGGUUUGUUCUCUGCUGUCUGCUUUUGUGAACAGCGCACAGCCGCAUCAGAACAUAGGGCAUACUGCCUACACAACCUUUUUCAAAGUGUAUUAUGUACAUAUAUAUCCAAGUGGGGGUUGGCCAGUAGUGCUGCCUCUCUGGAAGGAUACACUCCUGGGGUGACUUCCUUGUGUCUAUUACGACCUCUGCACCGCAUUCAUAUCUCCUGGUACCUGUUAUUUACAACAGUGUUCAAUGCUUUAGAACUGGGGAAACCCAGGUUCGAAUCCUGGUCCUUCCACCUCACUAUUAAGUGUCCCUAGCGAAGACACUUAACUAGGUACAUCUGCCUAUGCCUACUUAAAGUCCUCAAAGAUUGUAAGCUCAUUUGAGCAGGGCCUUCUUCACCUCUAAAUAUCUCCUUUCUAUAAUAGUAAAGUGCUGCAAAAUAUUUGGCUAUGUUUAAAUUACAUUUUAUAUAUAUAUUUUUUGUAUUUAAGGAAUAAUUAGAUUGGCAAGAAACCGAGCGUUGUUGAUAUAUCUUUAUGGAAAAAAGAUUGUCCACAUUAUUACAUUUGUCAUGGUAGCCGUACGUAAAAUGGUUGUUGGUUUUUAUUUUUUAUUUUUUUUUAUUUAUUUAUUUUUUUUUUGUGUUGUGUACGGUUUUUAAAAAAAUGCAUAUUCUAAUUAGUGAUGUCGCAAACUUCCCGCGAACGGCUCGCUGCGGUUCGCCACGAACUCUGGUCAGCUGACACAUCCCGGCCAAUCUCCAGCAGACCCUCACACCUCCUGGACAGCAUCCAUGUUGAAGGCAGCUUCAACAUGGAUGCUGGCCAGGAGGUGGGAGAGUCUGCUGGAGAUUGACCGGAGCUCGCCGCGAACGGUUCUUGGCGAGCCGUUCGCGACAUCUCUAAUUCUAAUAAACCGUACCUUUUUUUUAUUUAUUUUUUUUAAAUUUUUUUAUUUAAACUAAUCGACUCAUUCAGAAAAACGGUUAUAAGUUUCUCAGGAAUACAUACAUUCUGUUUAUUUUGCUGGCAGGAAUGUCUGCAUAUACGUUGUUUACAGAAGCACUCUAUGUACCAUAAUCAAUGUAGUAGUUCAGAUGGGACGAUGGAGGACGCAUUACCAAAACCACAGCUAGUACGGUAUAUUGUAAAUCAGAAGUAUGGUAGCCAAAUGCUCUUUGCAUCACAACCACUUCAAGCUCAUUUAACAGUUUGCAGAAGAGAGGGGAGGGAAAGCAUUCUAGGAACAAACUGCAAAAACAAUAAAAAAAAUUAUAUUAUUGGUAUUUACAUAGUGCCAAUUAAUUCUGCAGCGCUUUACAAUAUUAUGAAAAGGAGGGGCGGUGGUGAUUUUUUUACAAUAAAAGAGACAAUUACACAGGUACAAUAGGUAGAUGAGGACCCUGUUCAAACGAGCUUACAGUCUAGAGAUUGACUGUUACCUCCCACAGUACACCGAUUUUGCUGCAACAUCUCUUGGGGAAAGGAAAACUCACACAGUUAAAUCCUAUUUAAAGUCUUUAUAUACUAUUUGUUCUGUGGUCCAUCUCAAGAUAAUCACAUAUUUUUUAUUAACUCUUUGAUAUGAGGUGAACACUAAUGGCUUCUGAGAAAAAAAGAAUGAACUAUUUCAUUUAUGUUUUAGUUUGUAGUUCUAGUUCCGUAAGCAGAUCAAAAGGCCGACCAUGGUGGUCAAAGUGGUGAAGCGGACUAGGGACGUGUGUGUGUGUGUGUGUGUGUGUAUAUGUAUGUAUGUAUGUAUGUAUGUAUAUGUGUGUAUAUAUAUAUAUAUAUACACACACACACAUGAACCCAAACUUAAUCCGUUCCAGCAGGCUGUUAGAGAACCGAAUCAACAUUUCCCAUAAGAAUUGAUUAAUCAGUUCCAGACCCCCAAAAUUACAGCGUUUUAUAUGUAUGCAUUAAAAAUAAUGCUCAAAUUAUAUUAAGUGCAAUCUUCCUCUUGUUCUCCUGUCCUGCUCCCCUUGCUAGGAGGGGACCCUCAGAGUCACAAUCGGUACAGCUCUGUUUUAAACUAAUACAAGGGACUAAAAUGGAAUCCCCACAGUCCUGACAAACAAAAUAAUUUCAGAUUGGGGCACAUACCUAGAGCCCUGGGAUUUAACCUUUUAUAUUUAUUAAAUUCUGGUUUUAUUUUGUGAUUUUUUUUUUUUUUUUUUUAAAUAUUUAUUUAUUUUCUCAAAUAAGGGAAUAAAAAAAGCUUAGACAAACAGUGGAUCUGGAAAGAUUCUGCUACAGUCACAACCUUUGUCCCCAUUCGGAUUUAAUUUGUAAAAAUUUAAAAACUGUCACUAUAUUUUAAUAAUCCUUUUAUGAAGUUUUUGAAAGGAAAAUUGAUGCUUUGUUAAAGUAUAUGUGUAAAAAAACUUAUUGUAUGACAGGAUCCUUCAGCCAUAUACAUGCACUUUGGUUCAGAUAGUGUCUGAAAACCUCUAUAUACUCUUUAUGGUCUUCCAUGCUUCACUCCCUGCACAGUGCACAUUAUAUUAAAAUAUAGUGUUAAGGUGACCGUUGUACUUUUAAGAGUUCAUGAAUAAGCCAGAGUGUCUAAACCUUUGUUUCUUCCAUGGUCUCUGUGUGCAUUAGCUGUGUCUCAUGUUUUAGACUUGUGCGCAAAUGCUUUUCAUACAAAUCGAAUGCCUUUUUAUGUGCCCGAGCAAAUUGAUUUUGUCGGGUAUUUGCUUGUGUUUUUCAGUGAAUAAGACUCCACAAUUCGUUAAUUUGUGCACAUGUGUAGUGUGUGUGAUGCUUGCUGGCUUUGUGUAAUGUGUUUGAGCCUGUUGUGUGCACCACUUUCUUCAAGAUCUGAUAAGAAAUGAAGUAUAUGUAAAGAAAAGAGAAACUACUUUUGAAAACCAACAGUUUCUAUGGUCUUCCCUAAUUUUGUGAAAGUAGGGAAGACCAUAGAGAGAACUCCGUUUUCAAAACCCUGUCUUACCUUAUGUGUAUGUAUAUGGUUUCCUUUCAAAACUUGAUGACGUUAUUAUAUCAAGUUGUUUUGGGGUGACCGUUGAAGUAGUUUUUCAUGCAUAGAUCAUAGAAACAUAGAAUGUGAUGGCAGAUAAGAAUCAUUUGGUCCAUCUCGUCUGCCCAAUUGUUUAAAAUAAUUUAAUUAGUCCCUGGCCUUAUCUUAUAGUUAGGAUCGCCUUAUGCCUAUCCCAGGCAUGCUUAAACUCCUUUACUGUGUUAACCUUUACCACUUCAGCUGGAAGCCUAUUCCAUGCAUCCACUAUCCUCUCAGUAAAGUAAUACUUCCUGAUAUUAUGUUUAAACCUUUGUCCCUCUAAUUUAAGACUAUGUCCUCUUGUUGUGGUUUUUCUUCUUUUAAAUAUAGUCUCCUCCUUUACUGUAUUGAUUCCCUUUAUGUAUUUAAAUGUUUCUAUCAUAUCCCCCCCUGUCUUGUCUUUCCUCCAAGCUAUACAUGUUAAGAUCCUUUAACCUUUCCUGGUAGGUUUUAUCCUGUAAUCCAUGAACCAGUUUAGUAGCCCUGCUCUGAACUCUCUAAGGUAUCAAUAUCCUUCUGAAGAUACGGUCUCCAGUACUGUGUACAAUACUCAAAGUAAGGUCUCACCAGUGUUCUAUACAAUGGCAUGAGCACUUCUCUCUUUCUACUGCUAAUACCUCUCCCUAUACAACCAAGCAUUGUGCUAGCAUUUCCUGCUGCUCUAUUACAUUGUCUGCCUACCUUUAAGUCAUCAGAAAUAAUCACCCCUAAAUCCCUUUCCUCCGAUGUUGAGGUUAGGACUCUAUCAAAUAUUCUGUACUCUGCCCUUGGGUUUUUACGUCCAAGAUGCAUUAUCUUGCACUUAUCCACAUUAAAUGUCAGUUGCUACAACUCUGACCAUUUUUCUAGUUUUACCUAAAUCAUUUGGCUUAUCCCUCCUGGAACAUCAACCCUGUUACAUAUCUUAGUAUCAUCAGCAAAAAGACAUACCUUACCAUCAAGACCUUCUUCAAUACCACUAAUAAAAACUUAUAAGAGAAUGGGUCCAAGUACAGAUCCCUGAGGUACCCCACUGUUGACAAGCCCAAGCUUCGAAUAUACUCCAUUGACUACAACCCUCUGUACCUGUCACUCAGCCACUGCCUUACACAUUCAACAAUAUUGGAAUCCACACUUAAAGAUUGCAGUUUAUUGAUAAGCCUUCUAUGUGCAACAGUGUCAAAAGCCUUACUGAAAUCUAGGUAAGCAAUGUCUACUGCACCACCCUGAUCUAUAAUUUUAGUUACCCAAUCAAAAAAAUCAAUAAGAUUAGUUUGGCAUGAUCUCCCUGAAGUAAACCCAUGUUGUCUCUGAUCUUGAAAUCCAUGUGUUUUUAGAUGUUCAACAAUCCGAUCCUUUAACAUGGUUUCGAGUACUUUCCCCAAUACUGAAGUAAGGCUUACUGACCUAUAGUCGCCUGACUCCUCUACCUUUUUUGUGAAUGGGCACAACAUUCGCUAACUUCCAAUCUUCUGGGACGACUACUGUUAACAAUGAUUGGUUAAAUAAAUCUGUUAAUGGUUUUGUUAGUACACCACUAAGCUAUUUUAAUAACUUUGGGUGUAUUCCUUCAGGUUCCAUUGACUUAUUUUUCUACUUUUGACAGUUAUUAUUUUUCUUAUUAGUAUUAUAUUUAUUGAAAUAGAACCUCUUCCUCUGUAAACUCACAUGUAACAAAUGAUUCAUUUUGUCCUUUUUCCUAACUGAGGCCCCCUUCCUUAAUUUUCAUCUGUAAAAACUGAACAAAAUAUUAAUUGAGGCAGUCAGCUAGACCUUUAUCCUCUUCCUUCCUUUUUUAUUUUUUUUAAUCUAACUAAUCCUUGUUUUACUUUCCUUUUCUCAUUUUAUGUAUCUUAAAAACUGUUUUUUGUCCCUUUUUUUUUUUUUUCUCACUAUUUUCUCUUCUGUGAGUGAUUUGGAAGCUCUUAUAACUUGCCUAGCCUCUUUCUGCCUAAUCUUAUAGAUCAUUCGCUCUUCCUCACUCUGGGUUUAUUUAUAAUUACUAAAUGCUAACUUUUUGUUUUUUACUAUUUUUGCCACAUCUGCAGAGUACCACAGUGGUUUCUUGAAUUUAUUGCUUUUACUGACACGCCAAAUGCAAUUUUCUGUUGCCUUCAGCAGUGCAACUUUUAAAUAAUCUCAUUUCUCUUGGACUCCAUUUAAAUUGCUCCACUCUGGUAAUGACUUCUUUUACAAAUUCUAAUUUUAGAAAAGUCCGUUUUUCUUUGUUUGUUUUUUUUUUAAAGUCUAAAACUUUUUUGUGUGCUGACUCAGUUACUGUUCUUAUAUUAACCCCUUAAGGACACAACUUCUGGAAUAAAAGGGAAUCAUGACGGAAUAUUUGUCAUGUGUCAUUAAGGGGUUAAACCACACUGACUGAUGAUCACUGGAUCCUAAACUCUCACCAUAAUAUCUGAUACCAAAUCUCCAUUUGUUAACCCUAAAUCUAGUAUGGCCUCUUUACGAGUUGGCUCCUCAACGACUUGUUUUAGAGACAAUCCCAGUAGGGAGUUUAGAAUAUGUGUGCUCCUGGCACAAGCAGCUAUUUUGGUUUUCCAAUUCACAUCAGGAAGAUUAAAGUCACCCAUGAUGAUACCUUCCCCCAUUUUAGCUAUUUCAUCAACUAGUAGAUUAUCUAACUCUUCUAUUGGUCCUGGGGGCCUAUAAAUCACACCUACAUGAGUUACUGUGUGAUUACCAAAUUGUAACGUAACCCAAACGGACUCUAUGUUCGCCUCACUAACUUUUAUUAGGCUACAUUUUAUGCUAUCCUUCUCUGCAAUUUCACUGCUAAGUUCUUUCCCACUUAGGAAGUGAAUAACUUUGUUUAUGCAGCUCUAGCCACACGUCUCCUCACUGUGACAUUACAGACUUUGGUUUGAUAACUCUCCAAGAUCCCUGGAAACAAAAAGGGUGGGGACUCGGGAGGCCACUGCCUAAAGCACCUUAUGCCCAAAAGCAGCUUCAGAUGAUGAGAAAAUGUCCAGCCUAUAAUGUUUGAUAAAGGUAUGAAACGAUGACCAAGUGGCUGCUUUACAGAUGUCUUCAGGUGAGGCAGCUGCUCUUUCUGCCAAGGAGGUUGCCAUAGGCCUAGUGGAAUGGGCCUUUAACGGAAAUCUAAGAGGAGUCCCUUUUGGAGUGAUCAGCUAACCUAAUAGCAUUGGUCAGCCAUCUGGAUAAAGAGGGUCUGGAAGCAGCACAACCCUUGUGAGUGCCUUGAAAGGAGACAAAGAGAUGAUCCAAAGUCCUAAAAUCCAGAGUUAUCUGAAGGUAGAUCUUCAGUGCUCUUCUAUCAUCAAGGAGAUGCUACUUUCUUUCCAGAUCCGAUGGAGACUGGCAAAAUGCAGGCAGAAUAAUAGGUCGGAAUAGGAAGCAAAUACUUGAAACCUUGGGCAAAAAAGGAGGCCUGGGGUGCAGGACAACUUAAUCCUAAUGAAAAAUUGUGAAUUCAGGAGAGGAGGAUAGAGCCUGAAUUUCACCUAUCCUCCUUGCAGAGGUGAUUGUCACAAGGAACGCUGUCUUGAAGGUCAGAAGCUUUAAAGGAACCUCUAGUAAUGGUUCAAACGCUGGUUCACAAAGGGCUUGAAGCACCAAGGACAAAUCCCAGGUAGGAAAAGGGACUAUCUUGGGAGGCCGAUUUUAGCCGUAUGGCUUUAAAAAACCUGCGGAUAAGCAGGUCAGAGGCAAUGUCACGAACCAGGAAAUUACUUGGAGCUGAAAUCUGUCCCUUGAGAGUAGAGACCCCUAGUCCGGUUUCAAACCCAUCCUGCAGAAAGGACAGAAUUUCCGGAACUGAUGCUCUGACAGGAUCCGAACCUCGAAUGGAACACCAGGACCUGAACUUUAACCAAACCCUGAAAUAAAUUCUAGCUGUGGACAAGCGGACUGAAGACAGCAACACGUCACAUAAGUGAUUUCAAAGACCAUGUCCCUGGAGGAUCAAUCUUGCAGAAGCCAUGCCGUCAGGUGGAACAUUGCCAGGGUUUCCAAGGGAAGAGUCACCUGCUCUAUCAUGUUGGUAGAGAUUGGGAGAGUCCAACUUGAGAUGGUCGUGUUUUCCAUCUCUGAAAACAAACUCCUGUUUGGCCAGAAGGGGAGGAUGGCUAGAACUCUUGCUUUUUCCCAUUUUUAUCUUCUGAAUAAUUCUGGGAAUGAGGGCUAUUGGAGGGAAAACAUAAGCCAUGUUGAAAUGCCAAGUGAUCGAAAGACCGUCUGGACAAUAUCGUGCUUGGAGAGAAGCAAAAACCUGAACUUUUCUGUUUCUCUUUGUGGCCAUCAGGUCUAUAUCUGGCCGGCCAAAACGGGUAACCAGCUCCAAGAAAACUUUGUUUGAUAGUGACCAUUCUGCCUGGGACCAAUGACUUCUGCUGAGGUUGUCUGCAAUUACCUUUAGAGACCCUCUGAUAUGUGUAGCAGCAAUCGCGAGAAGUCUUGAUUGUGACCAAGACAUGAUGCGGUAGCAGAGAUCUUGUAGAGCUUUCACCCUUGUGCCUCCCUGGCGGUUUAAAUAGGCCACUUUAGUGGCGUUGUCCGACUGAAUCCUUACUGCUUGAUUGGUGAUCCUUGAACUGAAGUACUUCAGUGCCUUCCAAACAGCUUUCAACUCUCUGAAGUUUGAGGAAGCGUUUGCCUCUUCCCUGUUCCAAACACCUUGAUGGAACUGAGAACCUAGAUGGGUUAAUGUAAUCCACUGGUGUUGAGCAAACGAGAGGCCUUUCGAAAUGUUGUUGUUUCUUUCUUUCCACCAGUUCAGUUGAUUCUUCACCACUUCGGAUAGGUGAAAGACAGAAUCUAGAUCUUCCUGUCGCCUUGACCAUUGAGAGAGAAUGUCCCAUUGUAAUGGUCCUAAUUCCGCAUUUGCCCAAGCCACUGCUGGGAUUGCAGAAGUAAGGAGGCCCAGUAAACUCAUAGCCUCCCUGAUGGGGCUAGAGUUUUUUGCAAACUUGACACAGAUUUGAAAAUCUUUCUUUUUCCCUAUUGGAAGAAAAAGUGACAGGGAUUCUGAUUCCACCCGAAGACCCAAAAAAUCCAGGCUCAAUGAAGGACUCAACUGGGAUUUCUUUAGGUUCAGGAGCCAUCCGUGCUCUUUCAUCAUAGUGAUCUCGGGAUGAGAUCUUGGAAGUUGUUCCGAUUUGGGCUUUUAAGAACCAGUCGUACAGAUACGGAACGAUCGAAAUACCCUUUAGGCGCAAAGCAGCUGCUAUGGGUGCCAGGUUUUUCGUAAAUAUACAAGGAGCCAAUGACAGGCCAAAGGGUAGAGCCUUGAACUGAAAAUGGAGAAUUCUUCGCUUUCCUGUUAAAACUGCAAAUCUGAUGAACUUCCGGGAGGAUUCUGACAUUGGAACAUGGAGGUAAGCAUCUUUUAAGUCUAGCUUUGCCAUGAAUUCCCCUUUUUGCAAGAUGUGAGUGACAGACAGACUAUUCUUCAUACGAAACCUUUGAUAGGGUAUGCAGGCUUUGACCUUUUUUAGGUCCAGGAUAUGCCAAAAAGAUCCGUCUGGUUUUUGUACCAAGGGCGAGAGUACACACCUUGUAAUUCACAUUGUUUUGGUACUUUUUCUAUAACCUCUUUUUGCAAAAGAAAAGGAGCUUCUGCCAGGAGAGCCUCCGAUUUCUUUUUUGAUGGAUAGCUUGACAGCAGGAAAGAUGGUUGUGGGAUUGCAGAGAACUUUAUUCUGUAACACUCUGAAAUAGUUCUUAGAAUUUAUCUGUUGGAUGUUAUCUUUACCCAUUAGUGGGUGAAGAACCGAAGGCGUCGUCCUACUCUCUUGGCGUCAGAAUUUCUUCCUCUUUUUUUUUUUUUUUUCUUGUCUGUUGAAAUCCUGCCUAGACCAUUGGCUGCUGGAUUCAUUCUGUUUUUUCAAAUCUGCGAGAACGCCCUUGUUAACGAAAGGAACUCCAACCCUUGAACUGAUAUCUUCUAUACUUGUUGGGGUCUUGACUCCAGAGGUAGAGCCUUCUUAGUUUCCGACAUCUGUCUGAUGUCUUCCAAAGGUGUGCCAAAGAGUUUGUUCCUCUCAGAGGGUAGUUCACACAGGGCUGCCUUAGAAGCUGAAUCAGCUGUCCAUGUUCGUAGCCACAGAGCUCUUCUGGCCACAGAUGACAACCCCAGGAUUCUGGCUGAUAAACAAAGAAUCUCAUCAGAGGCAUCCGAAAGAAAUUUGUUUGAUAAUUUUAGGAGGAACAUAAGAUGGGCAGGGUCGGAAUCAGAAUUGCCCAUGAGGGACUCUUCAAGGGCUUGGAGCCAACUGCUCUGUGCCCUGAGAACCGCUGAACCUGCUAUUUCGGCUCUGCACUGGUAGCCUGCGGCUUGAAAAAUUUCUUCUACACGAAGUUUCGGCUCUCUUGUCCAUUGGGUCUUUCAGUCCCGAGACCUCACCAAUGGGUAUAGUGCUCUUUUUUUUUGACAGCUGGGCUAUUUGAAUGUCCACCUUGGGAAGAUCCUCACAUUUCUCUUCAGACUGUAGUUUGAAAAGAAGUUUAAAAUGUUUUGAAAUAAACGCAUGCCUUUCAGGAUUCUUCCAUUCUUUUUGAAGGAGAUAAAUUAUUUUAGGAGGCAUAGGGAAACGUUUAACCUUGCCCUUGGUAGGUUCUGGUUCUUGAACAGCUGUUGAUACUUCUUUAAUAAAACAUUUUAAGCUCUUCUGGUGGAAAACCCUCUUCCACACUCGAAGGUAUGCUGGAAAUAUCAGAAGGCGCGAAGGAAGAGCAUUCUCCAGAUGAGAGAUCAGAUAAAGAGGGAGAUCUAUCUCUCCUACGUUUCUUAACCUGUUUCUCCUGAAAAUCCGGCUUUUUAACAGCAUCUUUAAAAGAUUCAAAAGUCUUGGAUAAAUUUUCCUGGAACAAACACAGGAAAGAAGACAUAUCAGUUUACUUGUGUUUUUUUUUUAAUUUUAUUUUAUUUUUUUUUUGUUUUUUUUUACUAGCAAUUCCGUAGCGCACUGAUUACACGUCUUUUUCGACGAUUUAUUUGUGGCUUUUUUAGGAACAGAGGCUGACAUGUCUUUUUCUGCCUUAUCUGGUAAAAUAGGACUGGACAUAUCUGUAAAGAAACAGACAUUUGUAUAGGAGCAUGCAAAAGAGGUGAUAAGGGAGAGUUUAAAGAGUUAAACCUCACCUCAAACAACCUUAGAAGUGUGUAGGAGGGCUGGUGACAUGGAGAACCAGGACUGUACACCCACCCUUGGGGCCAGAUAGGUUCUGCACAGCUUUAUAUGCACCCAAAUUUAAAAUUUUGGCGCCAAAAUUGCGAACACUGUUUCGCGCAGUAGCGCGAUUCGGGAUAACGCAAAACCACCCGGGCGUGUGUUCCACCGAUGUGCGCAUGCGCCUAGCUCCUUGGUGGGAGGUCCGCCCGGAAAAUCCCCACAGAUGCUACAAAAACGGAUACCCGGUCGCGUUCCAUAACGCGAAACCCGGAAGUAUCACUGCCGCUCAGCUCCCACCCGGAGGGAGCUAUUGGGCCUCACCUUCCCGGCCAGCAGCCUGUGCUGACCGCACCAUCUCCACUUGGAUCCUGGGGGAAACUUGUCUGUCCCGUUAACCGGGACAAGAAGAACUGGUGUUCUCUUCUGACUGGCAGGUUAUAUAGAAGCAGCAGGCGGAGCACUUCAAUUAUCCUAAAAAGAAGCUUCUUGUCCCAACUAGAAGGAACAUCCCACUUGUAAGUACUGCCACUAUACGAGAGGAAAAGCAAGUCUUAUGGCUUGACUGGUGUGCAGAUUUUGGUUUAACCCCUUAAGGACUGAGCCAAAUGUACAUGUUGUGAUGUAAACAAAAACUUGAAUUUGUGCUAUAUGUCUUUGCAAGGACCUCGCGAUAGAUAACAUGGCCAAGGGGGGCCGGAGAGGAAGGCUCCCAGGUGAGUCACCACACCGCGAUCGCCAGUGUAGGAUCACAGAAGACCGGGUAAGUACAUAGGCUUGGGUGUUCUGUGCCGCCCACUGGCGUUUAGAGCCGGGUCCCCAAGGAAGGCAUAGAAAACCCACUGUCCUUAAGGGGUUAACAUUGUAUUAACUAUCCACAGACUUCAGGUGGAAGGGGUUUUCAAUCACAAUUUUUCCCCACCAUAACCUAUUUGGAUUUUGCUUCCCAAGCACUACCAAGCCUCAAUAAGCAAACCAGUAACCAACCUCGUGCUGAUGAUUUGCAUUAACAAUGAUUCUGUCCAUGAGAGGUUUACUGGCUUUCAAUCAUUUCUUCAUAGUGUUUCAAAGCUGUUGUAUACAGCAAACACAGACUCAAAGGAAUCCAUGUUUAAAAUGGAAUGAGGCUAAAAUGUGAUUCUUUGUUAAACUAAUUUGCAUAUGCCCACCCAGAAUCCUUUGCUGUAGUAAAAUCACUGCAGAUUUGUGAUUUCUGUGGGAAAAGCAAGUCUUAUGGCUUGAUUGGUGUGCAGAUUUUUGUUUAAUACAAUGUUAACUAUAUCUAUCUCUGUGUGAAUUUAAUAGAUCUGAUAUUUGGCUUUCCAUGGAGCUUUUGGUUCUAGUUUUCAUAACGGUUGAGAUGCAAGUUCUAUUCUAGCCAGUCAACUUGCCCAUUCAUGCUUCUGAUGAUAAAAUUGUGUUGAAAAGCUGCAUUUUAUUUUUUUUUUAAUUUUUUUUUUUAUCAGUUGUCGGUUAUUUUAAAGUAAGUGAGCGCUAAUUACUUUCAUACCGCCAAGUGUCCCAAUUUUAGGCCCAAAUUUCUCAGUACUCUCUUUUCUAUGAGUUACAUAUUCUUGGUGUGUCUAAGUGUAUAACAAGAGCUGCAUUGCAUUUAUACUCUCUGUAAUGUGUCUUAAAACUAAUAUAUAAUUUAAAAAAAUUGGGGGAAAACUUGUCUGUCAGCCAAAAUGUUCAUAUAGAAAUUUACAGUGGAUAAAUCAUCCAAGAGAUAACCAGAAGCUCGUAAUUAGAUGUACGAGCGCUCGGGAGAACCGAUAAUAAAACCAGACUUUCUUUGUUGUAGCUCAAAUGUCAUCUCCUCUUCUUUAAUUGGGAGAGCAUUGCUUAUAUAAAAUGGCAUCAGUCUACUGCGCAUGUGUACAUUAAAACAAGCGACAAUUACUUGAGAAAGUGUUAUCUAACUAUGCUAGAAUACUAAAGUUAAAACAAAAGUAACUUUUAAUGCAAAGGAAUGUGCUGGGAAGAUGUUAACUUUUAACCCUUUCAGACUUGGAAGGACUUAACUAAGGCAAAGGCUUUAACCCUUUAUUUACCGUUAUGUAUGACAAUGUCUCGGAAUAGCCCAGCCUCUGGCCACCUCUGCGUUUAUAAUUCAAAAAGUCUUAUUUUUUAUUUUUUUUUGCACUUUGCCUCUCUGUACUUUGUAAAUUAGCUGCUUGUGGCACUUCAUGACACUGCACUUGAUAAAGACCUGGGUGUAGGUCAACACAUUGCAGUGUCCAGUAAAUCUACCUGAUUUAUCACAGUGCCUGCCUGAGAAUUUUUUACACGAAAAGAGGGUGGAGUAAUAAACACAAUGCUUAAAUGGUUUUUUUUUUUUUGGUUUUUUUCCCAAGUAUACUAGAACAUUCUAGGACAAAUGCAACAGCCAACGUUUUGUACUUCCUAUCAUUACCCAUUGCAUUGGAUUUUCAGAUCUCAGUAUAUUUGAGUAAAGCUUUGAAUAUAGCAGACAUGCAUGCUGUUUGUUUAACUCUUGCAAUGCUGGUAAUGAUCAUUUGUUAAUCGAAAACAUUUAAGAUAGGCAGUUGGGUAAUAUAUUGUUUGUUUUUGUGUGUCUCAAGUAUGAGAAUCUUAAUUGCAUUUCAUCAAAGUCCCAAAGAUUAUAAAACUCAAAACUAUAUAUAUUUUUUUAUAUAUAUAUCGAACACACUUUAGUGGUAAUGCAUACCUUCCACUUACAUGCAUAAAUAUGUACCUGUGCCAUUGCAGAUAGGUUUGUUUAGAUACAUUUGAUCAUCUACAAUUUUAUUAGGGGGGGGGGAGCAUUCAUUAAAAAAAAGAAAAAAAUAUUUUAAAAUUCAUUCUUGGUACUGGAAACUUUAGAUCAUAUACAUCAUAAUGGCAGGUUUGAAAAAAUUGGUGAUGGGCUUGACUGCUGUGUGAAAUAAGGCUGCAGCAUGAUAUUUUCUGCUACCUACUGCAGCUAAGCUUACCUUUUAUUGCAUAGGGAACAAUCUGAAACAACUAUGGCCUGAAGUAUUACAUAAUCACCAUGUGUGUCCAUGUGUUUACCUUAUCUCCCUGAUUGAGGCCUGCAGGUCUACUCAGGAGAGGAAGAUGACCAAUUCAGCACUCCUGAUCUAAAAUUUUCCCUCGGACUGCUGGCCAUUAGGCUUGUCCACACCGACUCUCUCAACAGCUCAUUUGGCCGUUUAUGAUCAGACCUUACACUUAAUUUUCCAACUUGCACCGCAACCAUUCCUCUAUCCCUAAACCAAUUCCGAACCCACCUUUUCUGAGAAGAUACGUAUUGGACACCACAUGAGGACAGCAUUUGAUGGCUUGUGUGCAGCAUUUUGAAUGCAAUUGGAGAGAAGGCUGAGGCACCAAUUCCAUCACUGGUAGUAAUCCAAAAGGUUGCCAGUGUACCUCAGCAGAGAUUGUGGAGAGAGCCUAAUCUUAGUGUGAUUGCUAGCACAUCAUUAGGAAGAUCUGGACAGGAUUUGUUAACUUCUGCAUCCUCCAAGGGCAUUACCCCUCCUACAUCGCAUCUAUUCACAGAAGGUUUGUAAGGAAAAGCAUCAAAGAUAUAUACCGACCAAGCAAUCUUAAGUUUAUAGAGGUCUAGUGCUGGUUUGUGUAGUAAACAAUCAUUGCCUUGGCUAAAUUCACUUUUGCGUUUUUUAUAUAUAUAUAUAUAUAUAUAUAUAUAUAUAUAUAUAUAUUGUAUGAAACAUACUCAUAUUGGUAUUUCCAUAUGUUAUACAGAAUAAAGCUGCACUGUCAUUUGGGGUAUCUACAAUUUUUAUUUUUUCACUGGGUUUGGGUCUAGAGAGCUAUACUUUCCUGUUAUUCCAUCUUUGUUUCUGAUAUGCCUAUAAAGCAUUUGAUGCUUUACCUGCCAGGAGCCAUGUCAAAUCUUCUUGGGGAACACUUUUCCAAGCUGAGUACACGUCUCCCAAUGCUUUUGACAUGCUAUUUCAUUGCUAUUGAAUGUACCAAUCUCUAGUACUGCAUUUCUGUAUUCCACUGGCCAGGGAAAUAGUCACAAGCAGUUAUAGCACAUGCAUUGUAGUUGCCUUGAUGGUGAGAAGGACCGCUUGGUAGGGAUUUCCUCUUAUAAUUUGUUUCUUUCUAGACUUGCUGUGCAAACGGUAUAGAUCUCUAUGCCGAGGGCUGGGUGUCUUGUGGGAAGGGUAGUUCCAGCAGAUAUUAUCUCUAUUUGAAAUAAAAAGUGAAUUUAUAUUCUUUAAGGAUACAUUGCAAAAAUAGCGCUUAAGUCAAGCAUGUCAAACUCGCGACCAUCUUUGCGGCCCGUCGAGCCGCGAGUACAUGCUGGUGUUAUAGCCGAGUAGGCGCCUGCUUUCUCCACAUUACAGGUGCCUACUCUGCUAACACUUACCCGGCCGGGGAGGAAGGGACGGUGUAUGCAGCAAAGGAGCUCAGCCGACAUCACUAAAUCGCGCGAGGAGAUCUCCAGACCAGCUCCCAAAGGUAGGGAACAAUAAAUUAAAUGGUGGGUGUGUGUGUGUCUGUCAGUGUGUCUGUGUCUCUGUCAGUGAGUUUGUGUGUGUAUCUGUCAGUAUGUAUGUGUGUCAGCGGGAGGAUCAGAUUUGACACAGGGUGGUAGAAGGGGGUGCUGUGGUUUAGUAGAUGGGGGGGGGGAGGGGGACUGGGAUUCAGUACGGGGGGGUGCUGUGGUUUAGUAGAGGGGGAUGCUGGGUUUUUUCUACUGUAUUUUUAAAAUAAACCUACGUUUCUAUGAAAAUUGAUGGUGGUUUUUUUUUGUUUUUUUUUCGGCCCACAUAAACUUAAACCUUGUUUAUGUGGCCCUUGCCAGACUUUGAGUUUGACAUGCUUGGCUUAAAUGAUAUUAGAAAUGUGCUUUAUAAAGACAUUACCACGGACCAUGGAAAUUGUAUCACCAUUUCCUAUAGUAGUAACCAUAGAAUGGUUCUGCUUACUUUAUGGUGGCACUUUGUAGCCCAUGAUGGGCUACACCUCUUAAUUAUUGAAUUCAGUUGUUUCAAUUAGACCCAUUGCCACAGGUGUAUAAAAUCAAGCACCUAACCCUGCAGCAUGCAUUUACAAACAUUUGUGAAACAAAUGGGCCAUUCUGAAGCUCUCUGUGAAUUCAAGUGUGGUACUGUAAUAGGAUGCCGCAUUUGCAAUAAGUCAGUUCAUGAAAUUUCAUCCAUGCUAGACAAUCCACAGCUCUGCUGUUUUCAUAGGUAAAAAGUUCCAAACUUCUACUGACAUUAAGAUCAGCACAGAAACUCUGUGGUGUGAGCUUUGUGGAAUGAGUUUCCAUGGCAGAGCAGCUGCAUGCAAGCCUCAUAUCACCAAGUACAAUGCCAAGUAUCAGAUCAAGUGGUGUAAAGCACGCCACCACUGGACUCUGGAACAGUGGAAACAUGUUCUGUAGAGUGAUGAAUCACGAUUCUCUGUUGGGCAAGUCUGGGUUUAGUGGAUGCUAGUAGAACGUUGCCUACCUGACUGCAUUGUGCCAGAACAUUUUGGACAGUGCCAUGCUUCCAACUUUGUGGGAACCGUUUGGAGAAUGCCCUAUUCUAUUUCAUCAUGACUGUACCCCAGUACACAAAGCAAGGUUCAUAAAACCUGGUUGGAUGAUUUUGUUGUGAAAAAACUUAAACUCGUAGCCAUGACCUCAACUUCAUCAAGCACCUUUGGGAUAACCUGGUCAGAGAUUGCAAGCCAGGCCUUCUCCUCCAAUAUCCAUGUCUGACCUCACAUGUGCUAUACUGGAUGAAUGAGCAAAAAUUCCCAUAGAAACACAUUUUGUGGAAGCUGUUAUAGCUGCAAAGGGGGGACCAACUCAUAUUAAAGUCUAUGUAUUUAGAAUUCAGUGUCAUAAAAGUCCCUGUUGGUGUAAUGGUCAGGUCAAGAUACCGUAAAUUUUUUUGAGAAGGAAUAUUCAUGAUUGUAGGAUCAUACUGAAUGCGCACUUAUCAGUCCGCUUUUAGUUUGUUUAGGAAAAAAUAUUUUGACCCCUAGUUUCUUACUCAUAUUUUAUCAUUUAAACAUUUUAUCCUCGUAAGACUACAUAUGUCCUUCACUUGCAAGUGGGCUCCCUCUAUGCUACUUGUGUGCCAUUAAAUUAACACUAUAGAUGUACAGUAGUUGUCAAACUUUUAUGAACUGUUUAACUCUCGUACAUGAAACACACCAAGCAUCACUCCUCGUCUCCUCGACACCUCCGUGAGUGAUGGAAAAGUCAGCCUAGGAGCUGCUUAUAGAUGUUUUAUUUUUCCUGUUUCUAUUUUUUUUUUUUUUUUAACAAUGCGCCAGGCACCAAAACCACUACAAUGUGCUGUAAUGGUUAUUGUUCUUGUAAGGUUCUUUUUGGCGGCUCUACUAGUUAACACUUUUUAAACAAUUUAAGAAUGUGUGUUAACUUACCCCUUUACCAGCAAAAUUGUAUUUUUAAACUGUUUCAGCUGGAUUGUAUAUUUUCAAUUCUGGUAACUAAAUUUUGGUUUAGAUAUUGGGUAUGUUGUAUACAGUCUACUUUUUAGUUGAACAGUAAUUAUAUUAGUUUUUCAAAAUGUUUGGUUUACAAAAGUAUUGAAACACUGGAAUGCAAGAAUCCAGAAGACAUUGCUGUGUUGCUAUCAGAGUGAAAACUGCAUGAAGUAAGAGACCAUUCAUGUGCAAUAUAAAGGCAUCCUACUAUUUUCAAAACCUCCCAUUUUGCAACAGCACCAAAAAACAAACUUGGCAGUGACCCAUAAGCUUUAACUAAGCUAUUUGUCUUAUGGUUUGCAAACUAUUCUGGUUAAUUCAACAAUUUGGAUAAAAAUGUGAUAACUGUGAUUAAAUGUGAUAAUUCACAAAGAAUAUAUUUUUAUGAAAAACUCACAAGUGACCAUACCGUUUGGUCAUAUUUAGAUAUCAUUAUGAAUUGACAUACUUUUCCAUUAUACAUGGGGGGCAGAGACUUGCCAGGAAAAUUCUUCAAAUGUGCAAAAAGUCAAUUAUUUGUAUUUUAUUGCUUAUCUAAACGGACAUUGUCUGGACUAUGUAUGUAUCCAGUUGGCAUAUGCAGAACAAAAGUAUAAAACAUGGAUUGCCUUUAAAAUUUAAAUAUUUUUUUCAAUUUUAGAUAAGCACAUAUAACUUGAAAAAGGAAUGUUCUUUUUGAAAAUGUUUUUUUUCAAUGUCUGAUUUAGUAGACAUUGAAAAAAUACAUGCCUCCCAAGUUUUCAAAUGCACAAAGAUGAACAAUUUGUCUUUGGGGGUGAGACUUUUUUUUUUUUUUUUUUAAAUAUAUGGUGCUUUCUUGAUUACAUCUCUGUGACUAGUUGAUUAUUUUAAGUUAUUGAGAAAGUAUACACUAACAGAGCAGUAUGUUGUUGCAAAAUAUUCAGCAUUUUUUUAACACAGUAUUGUGGCACCCUUUUAAUGCACUGUGUAUUAUGGAUUCCUAGAAAAGUGUAAUAACCAUAGGGGUAGGGGCGCAGAAUGAUUUGGGUUCUAAAGAGACAUCAUCCCUCCUCUUGUGUUGGUAUUGGACUAAUUUAAAGGGACUCUCCAGGCAGAGGAUUUUACUCACCUGGUUCCAGUGCCGGGAGCCUCGUGAAGCCGCGUCCCCUAUUUUGUCAAAAAUACAGUCUUUACAUUAGAUUGCCUGCAGGGAGCUAUAGAUCUCACCUGAACAACUACAUUAAUUUGUAGUUGUUCGGGUGACUAUAGUGUCCCUUUAAUGCCCCCAGAAUUAUUUAUACCUCCUUUUUAUUUAUUUUUUACUGAAUACCUUGUUAAUAGUGAUGUCGCGAACCGUUCGUGAACUUGCCGCGAACGGUUCGCCACGAACGGUUCGUGGCGAACUCCGGUCAGCUGACACAUCCCUGCCAAUCUCCGGCAGACCCUCCUACUUCCUGGACAGCAUCCAUGUUGAAGGCAGCUUCAACAUGGAUGCUGUCCAGGAGGUGGGAGGGUCUGGGAGGGAGGGACUGCCGGAGAUUGGUUCGCGACAUCACUACUUGUUAACCUUAGGGCAAAUUUUUGUCAUUUUCUAACUUUUUAUUUAGCGCUUCAUAAAAUAAUGGCCUUUAAAAUAAUUUUCCAAGAAUUUCUGAAAAGCUUCAUUUACCCAUUGUACACUGCUAUGGAAUUUGCUGGCUCUAUAUAAAUAAAAUAAUAACCAGAAGCCUUGUCUUGGCUAGUCAUAUAAUUUUUUAAAUUUUUAUUCUCUAAUAAACUUUAUAUAAAACAACCUAAUAUUUACAGCUAUAAAUCAAUUACAUGUUAACUUUAAUAUUUAAUCAAUCUUAAUUAUCAUGCAGUCUACAAAAUGUACUAAACUGGGCUACUAACUUGGAACUGGCCCCAUCCUGUACAUACAAAUUGAUGUUGCAUAAAAUAAAUUCAGAAUAUACUCAAACUAUGGGAAGUGCAAUUAAAAUGAUGGUUUAGUGAACCAGGUUUAAUUUCAAUUUCAUGGAGAGAGUUUUUAUUUAACUGCUCUCACACUUGCAUAGACAUAUCCACUAAAAUCCUGUUCAAGGUUACAUGUGAGAUAAAUAACACGUUUUAAGUGUUUUUGCUGCAAUAAUGCAGCAUGUAAGAUAAGUCUUUGUGCAUGCAUCUAGAGCUGAUGCAAGAACAGCAGUGCAAGGGUGUGUUUGGCAGUAUGCUUUCAGGAAAAACGGCUGAUGAAAACCAUGGGGGAAGGGUGAAAGGAAUGUAGAAGGCGGAGCUGUUUUUUUCCGAUGAGUCACAUCACAAGACACAAAAGAGCUGUUGUUGGCAGGCAUAAGUCUCUCAGUCAUAACAAGUAGAGCACAGCUGCAAUAGAUUAGGGUAAACCAAGGAGAGGGAUUUUUUUUUUUUUUUCACAAGACUACAUUCUCAAUUUAAAAGCAACAGGUAUUCAUAUUUUUCCAUACUUUAUACUGCUUAAAUAUGCUGGUAUGCAGCUAAUACAGCAAAAUAUGCAUAGUAACGGGUCUCGGUUGGGCAGACAACCAACAUGAAAGUAGUUCUGACGUAACUUAAGUCUAAUAAACACAAGCAGGGUUAUUCACUAAAGUGACUUGCUGGAAAUUUUAGAUUGAAUUUCAAUUUGUAGGCCAAGUAGCCAAACUGGAAAUGUGUAUACUAAUGAAUCUGCCAGAAUACCCUCACAACAACCUACAAUUUGGUCUACUGCUUAAUUGAUAGAUUAACCAUAUUAACCUGGAUACAUCAGGUCACAUGUUGGGUAGACAUGAAAAGUGCUGCCCUGUAGUGUUCACAUGCUACAGAGACUACUCAUUUACAUUCCUUACAACAGCAUGUAAAUGCUGCAUACAAAAGGGCAGUAUUUCUCAUUGUAUAUAUGCCUAUAAUUGCCCCACAAGAUUACUUUGCUGUUGUAAUCGAGGAGGCAGAAGCAAUCUUUUGGUAAGAAUAAAUUAUGUCUACAUUUUGUUGAACUAUGCAUUGUUGCAGGAACAAAGUUACAUCUGUGUGCCUACAUGUUUUGUAGAGUGCCAUUUAAUUCUUAUUUUCCAAGAAUCCAAGCAAUAUUGUCCAGUUUUAGGACAAGAAUGGGAAAUUACAUUCUACCCCUUCAAUCUAGGAAAAUGCCGGCACUAAUUUGGGUAGAGACAUGUUAAUAAGAGUUUAUGUAUAUGCUCAACUUCAUGUCAGAGCAAAGUAAAAAAAAAAAAAAAAAAAAACUCAAAUUUUAUAUCCUAUAGCCUUUUUAAGAAUGCCUUGUUUAAUUUCUUUAAAAUAUGCUUGUGUUGCGUAUUGUAAUUCAGUCUACGUGUAUGCACAAGUUCUCUAGGCAAGAUAAACAGGUAAUAUGAAUUAAUAGAUUUACCCCUUGGAAUUCAGCCUUAAUGUAUGGGUGUACCAUUCACCUGUUGUUUUCUAUUGUGACUGUUUGUUUGUAUCUGACUUUUACCAUAUCGAAUAUUGUCUGUACCAUGUAUAAACCAAUCCACAAAUAUCUACGUUUUUCUAGAAUUUGUUAAAUUGUAAUCCAGUUAAUUUUGAUUGACAUUUUAACAGAUUAUUCCUUUUUUUUUUUUUUUAUUAAAAAAAGAAAGAAAAAAAAAAAAAAAACAUUUUUAAAUGGUCUUGCUCCAUAUCCGAUAUAGAUAUACAGGAACAAUUUAUGGGUCUUAUUACUUUUUGCCAACGCAAUGUUUUCAUGUUUGUAAAAUGUGUGCAAAUUACCAUAACUCAAUUGGACAGUUAAGAAAAUCCUAGACCAUUUACCUAUUUAACUACACCCUUUUCUAUGUUUCCUAUCUUUUCUAUAUACAAAAGCACAGGGUAUUUUUCGAGAACUAGCAGGCAAAGGGUUUUCACCAUCAAAAGCCUUCUGUAGUUUCUUCCUGACCCAUGUCUGCUUUUAUGUAAACGUUUUCUGGCGCCAGAUAGCUGUAACUGCAGUCUGGCUGCCUUGGAAGCACAUAACAUGUGUACUGGAUUCUUUUCUGCUGCAUGGAAUACAUCUUUGCUACAGUUUAUAUUUUCAUUAUUGGUGUGCCUUCUUCAAAGGUCAUCAUACAUUUCUUUACUAGCUUGUAUGUUGGCAUCAUGGGUAAGGAAUCCUGAUGUGUGAACAAGGCCUCCUUUAGUCUGUGAUGGAUUGUUUUUGCCUUUUUGUGCUGCUGUGUGAUGUGGGAGGUGCCUGGCUGCACACAGUUGCUGCAGUACUCCUAGUUGGCAAGCAAAGGAAGCAGUACAAAGAGUUCAGAGCUUACUAACUACACUAUAGCAUUUGCUUUAAUGCUUUUACCUGCAGUUUCUUACCACUUGCUCUAACUGCUUAUUCAUGGUGAAAGAAAAAUGUUUACCAUUGUUAAGCUGCUUUUCAAAGCUGUUUCAAGGCGUGCUAUUAUAGUUAACUACUAUCUAGCACUAAUUUAUUUGUAGAGAAAUCUCAUCUGAGUUUGUGUGAAGUACACUAGUGCAUCUUGCGCAUAUGCGGAGUUGGUGCUGGUGUCUUGUUCUCCAGAGAAAGCAACUGACACAUGUGAGUCUUUAAAAGGUAAGAGACCAUUUACUAUUGAUACAUUAAAACUCACAUAUAUACUGUAUUUGCAAUUCAUUUUUGUGGAAAUGUCAGGAGUAAGAAAAUGCAUUCUGUUGAUGCAUGGUCUGGCUGCAUUGGCAUAAUGCAAAUGUUGAGGGUGUGACAUGGGAGGGGCAAAUGACAAGGUAUGUCUUGGUGGAAUAAUGAUUUUGCCUGGGGCGCUAUACACCAGAGACUGUUCAGAUAUUUUUGCUUAAGCUUUAAUUUUCAUUUCUUAAUAUACAUAAAAGUACUCAUAUGCUUGUAAUUUUUUAUUUGUGAUCAAGUGUAUGUAAUAUGGUUACUAGAUAACUAGAUUAACUGCUUUUUUUUUUCAAUUUUUUUUUUUUUUUUUAAUAGAUCUUUUGGAAAUAAUUCAGGCACAUUUAGUGCAUUUUGUCUUUCAGUGUUAAAAUGUAGAACCUAAACAAAUCAAAGCAUUGGCACUCUGUGAUAUCGAGAUGUGCCUAUAUUGGCUAACAGUACAGCGCUGCAGAAGCUAUUGUCGAUUUUAUAACUAAUUAGUGGGGUUGUCUAAUACAGAGACCUAAAUUAAAUAUAUUAUACUGAACAAAAGCUUUUCUUGACCUCACCAUUUUAAAUUGUAGCCUUUUUUUAUUUGCUGAAGGAGCACACUCUAGUGUUUGAACUCUGCCUAGCAAGUGAAGUGGGAUUGAACAAAAAAAAGUGUAAUGGUUUAUUAAUCAGAUUGCGUCCGUAUCCAUUGUUGAAAUACUGAUUAUUGACAUUUAAAAAGUGCAUUUUUUCCUCUUAGAUUACAUGUGUAUUAUCUAACUUUUCAUCUUUAAAAGACAAAAUAAAACAAAAUGAGUUUAUAUUUAAUCCAGUCAAUUGAUAUAAUCUUGCUCCUUUUUGUAGCUGCAGGGAGAGUUCAGAUACUAACCAUUACUUAAAAGGUUUAUCGAGCACCUUGACCUCUUCACUGAUUUGAAGUGGUCAUGGUUCUUUGAGUUAGCAUGUGAAAUAUGUGGCCUUGUAAAGUUUUGGGCUGGCUAAUGGGAAUUUUGUGGAUAUUUGGCAUCUGAUGCCAGCUCACUGGCUUCAGCCAAAGACGGCACACCUCCCCAACCUCCCUCCAGUGUUGGCUAAUUAUGUUUUUUGAGAAGAAUCAGACAGCAGGGAAAACUUGGUCUUGGUGCUCAAAUGGAUCCAAGUUUUAACUAUUCUUUUUCUCCAUUUUUAUUGUCUGGGGAGGGGGACAGCGAUUUCUUAACACUGUUUCUUGGUUGGUGGUAACCCUUUAGGAUACAUGGGUAUCUAUAUGGAAAUUAACAAGCUUAAGUUGACAAAAUGUUCUCUAUUAAUGGAAAAAAAUGUCCUAACAUGUCUUUACAUUUGCUUCCAAAUAUGGCUUUUGCUAAAAGUUCAAAUAAAAGAAUGGUGUAUAAAUGACAUUAAACCGUUUAGGACGAACAGGAGAGAUUAGCAGUGGAAUGUACUAUUCUACCUACUUGCAUUUUGUUGGCAAUUCUUUCAAAUAGCGUUCGGCGUAGUAACCGGAUUGCCCAUGUUAUAUUAUGUGUAUCUGCCAGUGGCAUGAAAGUUAUUUAGAUUUUAUAAAUACAACUUUGCUAUAAUAUUCUACAUGAUCAAAUCAUAUCUCAAUGUGUUUUUUGUUUUUUUACAGUGCAUCACUCAUUUUAUUGACAUUGAUAGUGGGGGGAAAAAUACAGUGCUCACGCCACUAUUUGUAGUCUCUUACUUCUGGUUUACUUGGAUGGGAUGAUUACUCUUCAUAUAAGAGUGUACCAUACAUGUACAUGGUCACUAAUUUCUUGUACGAUUUUGCAAGGAAUCAUAUUGCAGUACACUAUUGUUUCUCUUGCUUAGAAUGUAAUAGUUCAAAUAAUAAGAAGAUAGACAUUCUAUUGUGAAGGAAAAAGCCCAACAAAAUGUUAUGUAUGUUAAAAAGGGGUACUCUAAAUGGCAUACCCACUACAGUCUGUAGUGGCGGUAAUGCAGCCAGGAACAGUAUGACACUUUCCUGAACCCCGUUGUCUUGCUCAUCCCAUUGCAGCUAAACUGUAAGUGCUCAUUUUACUUUAAAUAUACUAUUUUCGUGCAAUUUUAACAGCAUUUGACAAUUUCAGUUAAUGAAUGCCGCUAAGACUUACUCAUCGCAAACUCAUACUAAAAACAUAUACAUUCAUUCUAUUACACUGUCAGUUGUCUCCCUAGUGUACAAAAAAAGCUUUAACACUCUUCCUGCAACUUUUAAUAUUGUUUACUUUUACCUAUAUUUAACAAAUCUGGACCUGCAGGGAGCCACCCCCCCUCCCCCCCCCUGCAAAAGGGAUGUCUCCAUAGAUAGCCACUGUGCUUCCCUCAAAUUGUAUAGUGCUUAGGUCUCUGGACGUGACAUAAUAGCCACAUCUCUGGUCACGACUACAGUGUCCCUGGGUGCGUCAUCUGGAGCUGCUGCGGCUUUCCAGGUUCGUAAUACAGAGAGUAGUGUCCCGCUGCCUUUGAUGCCCAUUGUGACCAAUAGUCGCUGGACAUAUGGCCGUAGAGCGUCUCCGCCGAUGCGCUCCAGGAUGCCUUGGAGGCGAAUAUUGUUUCCUGUGUCUUGCUUCUAGUGUUGUGACGGUCCGGAUUAGUCUUUUGACGUGUUGAGAAAUCUCUUGCAUUUGAAUCUUUGUGGUUUGCAGGUGGUGUACCCUGUCACCUUCCCUGGAUUCCACUGCAGUAAGUCUCUGCUGGAGAGCCCCCAUCUCUCUUUGCGUUUCUUGGAGGUCGGCUUUCCAAACCUCCCUCAUUUCUUUCAGAAGGUAUCUAAUAUCCCACUUCGACGCUGGGGAAGAGUCUUUAUCUGAAUCCGUGUCACAACAGAGGGCCUACGCUGAUGGUGAGGUAAGGCUCGUCUGUCAUGCUGGGAGUCUACUGAGGCCUCCUGGCGCCAUCUUGGUCUGAGCCGGAGGUGUAGGCCUGUCAAACGAGAGCCUAAUAUCGGCUAAUUUGGAGGUCUCUGGGUAUGCAAAUUUUUUUGUUAUUGUGCCCCAUCUUGGGCGAAAGCGUGUUUGUAGUCUCUAUUUUGGAAGCUGAAUCUCACAAUUGGACCACUUUUGUCCCUAUGUUGGAACAGAGCUUCACAUGUACACGUCUGGUCAGUUAGCAGGUCGGCCACGCCCCCUUUUAUUCUAUUUUCUUACUUAAUUUCCAUUGAUGGUGUUAAUGUAUCUGCAGUAUCCCUUUCAAAUGUUUAUGCACAAAAUAAAUGUGGAAAGGUUCUCGUUUAUAUGCAGAUGCCACAGGCAUUAGCCAUCAUCCUAAUUCAACACUGCCCAUACAGAAAAGCUUAGUCAGGUGACUCUUAUUUCAGUGUAUGGUAUCGGAACUGUUAUAAAUUUUGUAACCCAACUAUGUGUUUAACAAUGUGCAGAGAUUAAAAAUGUUACAUUCCUUAACAGACAUAGAAGAGAGAACCUGUAUGUCUCUCUAUGUGACCUAUAAAUUUGUCAAUCACAUCUCCCUGUAUUUCUGUACCUUAUCAGUGGUCUGCCAAUCAACACAUAAUAACUCUGUACAGGAGAGUGACCCAAUGUAGAUCUCCAGCUGUUGAAUUACAAGUUUCAUAAUUGGACAUACUUAAAGGAACACAAUAGCUUUAGGAAUACAAACCUGGAGGUUGUGACUUUAAGGCUUUCUGGGAUUGAUACAACCUCUCUAAUUGGGUCAAGGAAUAUCCUGAAUGUGAUCGAUUUAUAUGUACCAUUAACAGAGCUGGAAAUACAUUGAUCAGUCAGAAUACUUUUAAAUCUGGCGCUUAGACCAUCCUUGCAAAUACUACAUAAAUGUCCUAUUUAUAUAUAGAUGGAUAUUCUUUAGCUUUCGGAUCACACAGCUUUUUGCUGAUCAAAAUGGCCAUUCUUUAACGUGAAUUAUUAUACUUGUAUGUAGCUGAAGUUUAAAAAAAGCUUUUAACAAAUAUCAAGUUAUUGGAUACUCCAUUGACUAAAUAAAGAUUUCUGUAUAUUGAACUUGUGUAGUUUUAAAAACACUUUUUUUAUUUUUUAUAAAAUAUUGAAUGAUUUAAAACAUUUUUAUUCAAUUUACUAGUUCCAGCUUCACCGCAUUGUGAGAAGAGUCUGCAUUCUCUGCUUGUUUAGAGCUGUAAAGAUUUUUAUUAUGCUAAAUUUAUAUUAGAUCUUGUAGCUUUUGAAAUAUUUUUACUGGCUUGUUCACAACUAUACACUGCAAUUUGUUGGCUGUUUAAAAUGUACAGUCGGGGCCUGGUGCCUGCUUCCAUUUUGCAAGUUUUCUGACGAUUAUUUUUUUUCUCUCUCUAGUCUUCUGUCUGUUGCUGGGCAGAUCUCACCAUUGCCUCCUCCUUUUUGCAUUCAGCUGUGCUCAACUUCUCUUGAUUGGCUUGCAUAAUAUGAAGCCAAGCAUCCAAUGGCAGGAAGUAUGCAAAUUGUUAACACAGUCAGUUGACAGCAGGCAGGUCUGGUAUAGUUUGUUUUUGCCGGGAGAGCUGAUCUUUGAUGGCAUCAUGGCUGCAGGGGGCUCCCUUCCUGGUAUGUUUUUUUGGGGGGGGGGAGGGGGGGUUCCCUAUAGUUUUUAAAACCCUUUUUUGGGGGGGGGAGGUUAUAUUCCUUAUGUAUAGAAUAUAUUUAAGUAAUAUGGGAUUAACAUUUUGGCUCGUUAAAAAUAAAUAAAAAUUACAUGUCAGACUUCUAAAAUCAUUACAUAUUUAUUUUGAAAGUUUUUUUUUUUUUUGUUUUGUUUCUUCUAUUAGUCUUGCUGGUCAUGGUUCCAACUAAGCUCUUUGGUUUUUGAUCUUGCCUUUUUCGGACAUCUCUACUAUCACCAGUGCGCCACCUACAGAUGUUGUCUGUUCUAAAUUUCACAGCACUAAAUUUUGAUGUGUGCGCGUGCAUGCACAUCUGAGGUGUGUCUGACUUCUAAGAUUAAAUGGCGCCAUCAAUAUUAUUUAACCUUUGCAUUACUGAUUGGUUUGUUUUUUUGGCAGCAACACCAAAUGAGAGCCGAUAAAGCAAGUAAACAUCGGUCAUUGAUUUGAAUAAAAAAAAAAUAUUUAAAUUUAUUAAAUUGUAAAUUUCAUAACUCACUUCUUUAUUUCUUAUAUUGGAUCAUUGUAACUGAACUGACCACUUAAUAACACAACUAGUGUGCUGAGUUGUUUGUGUAAUGUAUGCUUUUAACUCGUAGCCUACUAAAAUGUUUAACAUUUCUCUUCAUGCAUGCACACAUCUCCCCCUAACACGCACUUUUUUUUUCUUUUUAAUAUAAUAAAAGGAAUUCAGAGAAUAACAAAAUUGCGAGAAUAAGUUCAUUGCUGAUCUGUGUCACUAGUGUUGAUGAGUGAAAAAGUAAAAUGUGCCACAUAAAUUUUCACUAAUUGAAUGUACUAGUAACUCUCUAUUAUUAUGUGUUAUAGUUGACUGUGUUUAUUUAAAAAAUAUUUUACUUGGGUCGCCAGGUUUUUUUUUGUUUUUGUUUUUUAAUGUAUUUUUUUAUACACCGUUAAAAUACUUAAAACAGCACUGUAAUAGUUUUGAGGGGCUAUUCUUUCAGCUUUCCUUGCACCUCUUGGUUAUUGUACUCCACUCUCUUUGUCACUUACCUUUUUAUUUAUAUUUAUCCUUUCUUUCUUGUGCUGGAUCUUAUUACAUGGAACCCACCAUUUUGUUCUCCUUUGUCCGGGAUGUCUGCAGUUUUCCCUUCUGUGAGAGUCUAUUGACUGAUGCACUGUGGGUAAAUUAGCUUAGCAGUUAAAAUGGAACUUUCCGCCUAUUGCCAAAGAUUGCUAAUACCUAUGAGAAAAGUUAGUCAAAGUCGUUCCCCCCCCCCCUUUUUUUUUUUUUUUAUCUUGUAUAUAACAAAAACACAAAGCCAGCAGCAAUGUGAAUUUCCAAAACUAAAAGCCAAGGGUUUUAGAGAGACACUAUAAAGGGAAGAUUUAAAAAAACAAAACAAAAAAAAAAACUUGCAACGGGACAAUGCUAUUUAAAGAGAAUCGGUUAAUAUAAAAGUUAAAAAAAAAUCUGCAAACUACGAUGCAGGAGUAUGAGCACAUGAUCAAUCUGAAUUUGCUUACCUAUAUCAAUAUGGCCACUAGAUCAUCCAACGUAAGAAAUCGCCAUACAUAAUUUUGAAAGUUGUCAUCCGGUAGUUCAAUGUAAUGACUGCUUGAUUAUACACUUUCAAUAGUCUGUACAGUAUGACCAUAUCUCAACAAGAAAUCUGAAUGUCUUAACUUAACUGAAAAUUAUUUUUUAAUUUGUCACAAAUAUUUUUUGAAAUUAUUUUUUUGCCUUUUGUAGCCGCGCAGUAUGACAUACCACCAUAUAUACUUCAGCUCUCUGACAUCUCAUGAGUUGUUAUUGAAGCCCACAUUAGCUUCCUGACUUUGUGACCUUAGACCUUGAUAUUCCUCCUGGUACUAUUAUGUUCAUUACUGUUAAAGUUGUAAUGCAUAUUAGUUCAAUAGUACUAUACAUGCCAUUUUAUGCAAUUUACCAACUGAAGUAUGUGUUCAGGACAAACUGUACACUUUCAAUUGAGAAAUGUCAAAUUUGCUAUGGGACACUAGGGAAUUUAUUGACCUAUAAAACUAGUGUAUUGAAAACUGAAUUGCAAAAUUUAGGUAAAAGCUGCUGAUUUUGAGACAAUAUCCACCUCAAGUGGCAAAAUUGUGAGUAUAGCCAUGUUUUGUUUUAAGUCGACUACGAUUUGGUGUUUAGUAAGUAACCUCCAGAAUAACUGACAUUAACAUCUUUAUAUCCCACCUAGGCUCCUUUGACAUUGUGUGUUUUGUUUAGUUUUUUUGUUUGUUUGUUUUAUAAAGCAAACACGAUUUCCAUCCCUCUAGAAAGCCCAUUAGCUAUGAAUGUACUUAACACCUUGCUCACAAAGCUUUAAGCAUCCACAAUAUUUAUUGAUGUGAAGCAAAUGCAUGUUAUUGGCUUGCACAGAUCUGAACAGUCCCCUUUUUGCAUACAAUCUUUCCAUCUGCUCUCUGUUGUCUGCCUCUCUCCUGCAUUCACGUUCAGUUGUAGCUGCAGGGAGCUCUCUUGUGGAUAGGACUGGAAAUUUUUCCUGUUUUGUGCAGGUGUGGGCCAUGGAAUCUGAGCAGUACACCAUAUGGCCAUUUGUCUUGCAAGGUUUGUAUAUAAAAGAAAAGAGCUACUUUAAGGUUAGGACUUAAUUUUAAACGUCGGCUUUGUUGCAUGAUUUCUGCUUUAUAUUGGGGGCCAGCUUGUACUUGGAAAUUGUGAGGAUAGCAGCAUGCAUCUGUAGACAAGAGUAGUUGCAUUGUUGAGCAGAAGCAGAACACAAUAAUUAAUCGCUGCAACUGCUUGUCUCAUGGAUGAUACAUUGGCAUUUGUAUGCAAUUUAUCUUUAUUUUAGUUAUUAAAAUCUGCAUGGUGCAUAACAGAAUGAGGAUAAAGGAUGGGAGUCUGAAAUUGGAUGGAAAAUGGCUUUUUAUAAUAGUAUGUUUAUUUUUUUUUUCACAUUUGAAAACCUUAAUAAAUAAAAUAUUAUUUAUAUAUAUAUAUAUAUUUAUAUAUAUAUAUUAUUAUUAUUAUUAUUAUUAUUAUUUUAAUUAUUUUUUUUUUUUUAAUCCUCUAUCUGGAAAUAUAUUUUUUAUUUUAUUAUCUUUUAACUUGUUUUAUUUGCUAUUGAACUAUUAAGGGUCACUGGUUAGUUUUCAUUGUUUGUUUUUGUUUGCAGUCCUAUAUGAAAUCCUGUAUUUGAACACCAGUGGUUGCCCAGCUGUUCUCUUAGCUUUCUGUUGUAUGUAUUGUAUAUGUGUAGUGCAUUUCAGUCACAACCAGUAUGAACAAUCGGUUUGACUGUUUGGUUUUUAAAAGAAAUAAUUUUUUUAUGAAAAUGUUAAGAGCAAGACAUACUAUUGUAAAAAUCUUUCAGUUUCAGGUGAAGUCUCAUUGGUGGGGUGGGGGUGGGCGUAGCAUUUGUGUCAUGUGAGAAUGGGAUAAUCCUGCUAUUCUAAAAUGUACCUUUUUAUGUUAAAUGUUGAAAUUAAUUUAAAAUUGUGGUGUUUUUUUUGUUUGUUUUUUUAUUGUACUCUGUAUGAUGGCUUGUAUGCAUAAAUGUGCUGUACAUACUUAAACUGUUGUCAAGCACAAGUAAAUCAUGUGGGCAUGUAGUGUAUUUCAAUAUGUUCUCUAAAUUACUUUAAAGAAAAAGAAAAGUUCAUUUUGUCUGAGGGCGGGCAUUCUUUAAUAAUAGAGACUUAUUUCGUAGGCCUUCAUUUUAUUUUAUUUUUUUUAAAUUCCUUUUUACAUCUACAAGAUGUUUUUGUAUUGUGACCCCCUACAGCCAAACUAGUAUCAGUCAUUUUUUGUUUUGGCUCCCUCCCUUCCAUCCCAGUCAAGGCUGACAAAUUUAUAUGUUAAACCAGUAGUAGUCAACCUUUUUCUUCCUACCGCCCACUAAUGCAUCUUUCUUGAUGGAAACAUUUCCUUACCGCCCACCAGUUUUCGCGCAAGUGCAGAAUAUUUUUUAGAAAGGAGGCCAUUUUAAAAUAAAUGUAGGUACAUUUAUCUUUUUAUUUCUACUUCAUGCAUGUUUAUAAUGUUUUUAACUUUAUAAAGUUUAAUGAGAAAACAAUAAAGUAAAUUGAAAUUACCUUUACUAGUGAUUAAUGAGAUCCUUGAGGUUGAUGCUGCGUGACUAAAUAUUUGAUAUCUGGUUCGAUUUUCAUAAGGAACAAACUAAGGUCUGCUCUUUCGGUGAUAUUCAGACGACUUCUCUGUUUGCGCAUAAUAUGAUUUCUCAUCUGUGCGUCAGCUCCCCUCCUCUCCCUCCUAAAUUCCCCUGCCCACCUUUUUUCUUCAUUUUUUUUCUUUCUAUUUUUUAACCUUUACUUAAAGCAAUGCCCAGUAAGAAGGCUGAGCUAGGUAGCCCACUUACUAUAGCCCAGUAUAACAGACAGGCACACAUACAUACAAAACACACAUACAUACAGGCACAGGCACACACAUACAGGCACAGGCACACACACAUACAAAGACCCAUACACACACCAUACAUACAAAGACACAUACAGACACACACAAGACAUACAUACAAAGACACAUACAGACACACACAAGACAUACAUACAGACAUACAUACAAAGACACAUACAGACACACACACAAGACAUACAUACAAAGACACACACACACAUUAUAUUUAAGUCACCCUCCUGUUUUCUACCUUUAAGGUGCAGGAGGGUGACAUUCCCUGGGGUCCAGUGGUGGCUCAGGCGGAUGGGAGUCAGAGUUCCCAUCUUCCUGCCGCACGGCUCUCCGUGUUAGCUGGGAGGAGUGACGUGCAGUCACUUCCUCCAGCUCUGUGUCCACAUCCAUCGGGUGGCCCCGGUGGUUUGUCGCCGGGGCCGCAGAUGGUGAUGGCGGUACCGCCGGCUCCCACCCGCCUACCCAAUCUCUCCAAAUGAGGAAAUCCCUACCGCCCACCUGGUAUCCUGAAACGCCCACUAGUGGGCGGUAGGGACCAGGUUGACGAUCCAUGUGUUAAACAGAUAAUUAAAGCACCAAAACAACUUUAGCUUAAUAAAGUUGUUUGGUUUUUUUUGUAGCAUGCCUGUGCAAGCUUACUACUCCAUUCCCUGCCAUUUAGGAGUUAAAUUCCUUUUUGUUGCAGCCCUAACCACACCUCCACUUGCUGUGACUCACACACUUCCUGAUAAAUUUUUAACUUCCAUUCUGUUUAGUUAUGAACUGAUCUUGCUAGAGCCUGCAUAUCAGCCUAUUUUGUGUGUGUGUGUGUGUGUCUCUAAUUUUGAAGUUCAAUUAACAGAGCAGGAGAUGCUUCAACACAUUAUGCACAAUAUCAUUUUUAUUUUUUUUGUUACUGAUAUGGAUAAAUUCAUACGGGUAAAUAUAUCAUGUAUCAUGGCUAAGUCUUUUUUCCUUUUUACAUACAGGAGUGAAACUUGCAUUUGAAGUUACAAUCCGUUUAACCAGUGAUCUGGUUGUAUGCCUGACUACACUUUAUUACAGGACAAUAUCAACUCUGAGCAGAAUUGCUAAAGAGAAAUUUGACAUACUCCCAAACCCUUGCAGCAGGGUUUAGCAAUUUUGUCCUGGAGCCUGGGAUUUGUGAGUCUGUUCAGCCCCUGAGGUGACCAGCUGCCUGAGAUUGGAGACAGUCGUCUCACAUAGGACUGAAGAGGGCAGGUGGACAGUCUGCUCAUUGAGAGCUGAGGAAGGUGGGCAGCUAAAUGAGUGUGGCGGCAAGGCAGCUGUAAUCUCCCUGCUCUUUUCCCUUGCGUGCCCUAUAGUGACGCUUGGAGGCAGAAUAUGAUCUAAUUCUGGCCCCGCAUCACUAAACCACGCUCUAGGGAGCAGAGCAGGGAGAUGACAGCAGCCCCGCUGGACCCCAGGGAAAGCUUAUCCUCUCCAGCUCUCCCAAAGGUAUGUGGGUGGAUUUAAAAUAAUAAAAUUAAUGGUGUGUGUGUGUGUGUGUGUGUGUGUGUGUCAAAUCAGUGAGUAUAUGCAUGUCUGUGCAUGUUUAGGUGACCUGCCCCCCUCCAAUCACAUGGGAAAGGUGAUUUUUACUCACCCUUUUUCCAAUGCUGUCCUGGUGACACUACGGCUGGCCCUACCUCCAAGGCUGACAUGAAGCUUGAUGAUCUCAGCCAAUCCAAUGCUUCCCCAUAGAAAAACAUUGGGAGACUGUUGAGCAUGUGCAGCAAAACACCAUGCUGUGCAAUCAACUGUUCUUUAUAGAGAUGCAUUAAAUCAAUGCAUCACUACGGGAAGCACUUCACCAGACUGUCAUUAGAGGUGUUACCAGACCGCAAUGUAAACCCUGUCUUUAGUCUGAAAAGUCAGUGUUUACAUUGAAAGCGUGCAAGGAUACUAUAUAGACUUCAGAAUAACUACAUUAAGCUGCAGUGGUUGUGAUGAGUAUAGUGUCCCUUUAAGAAUUGUUGUUUUGACUUUGAAAAAUGUCUCCUAAUUUUCUUUUGUUUGUUUGUUUGUUUUUUGUUUUUUUUUAAAGCUGGCUUCCAGAUUUCAAGCAAAUUUGUCAAGCCCUGCCUUGCAGUAUAUAGUUUUAUUUCAAUGAAGAGUUAGUUUGGGAACCAAUUUUACCAUGUUUGGUUUCACAUGAAUGAUCAAGAUUCCCAAAGGGGAUUAUAACUUGAUAGAUCAGAUUCAUCUGUCAUAUUGUAUAUUUCCAUUAAGGUUUAGGUUGUAUAUAAUUUCAUACCUCCCAACAUUUCAAAUGGAUAAAGGGGACCAUUUUAAUUUUAGGGGUAUGAGUGGAGUUGUGGCAAGAUGCAGGAUCAUAAUUUUAAAGACCGUGUGAAUAAUUUCUGUGGAGCACAGUGUUACAUUCACAAAAAAAAUGGAGCUCUAGUAGUCGGCCUGUCAUACAUUUACACAAGCCUCCACAGAUAGCUCUACCGCUAGUCGACACUCACGACACUUAUGCUGCCUUACUACAGAUCCCCCCCCCCCCCUCACCAGACACUCAUUGAUGCACCCUUCACUCACUCAGACUCCAUAAUUAUUGUUGAUGACAAGCGAGACCCAGUACAUGCAAGUAUGACAACUCUGAUUUGUGUCUGUGUAUUUUACUCUGUGGAAUGAAAAAUAAAGACAUUUAAAAAAAUUUAAAUAUGGAGCUCCUAGAGGAACAUUCGGAGAGAAUAGAGGGACAUGGGAAUUUGCACCCAAAAUAGUGACUGACUCUCCUAAAUAGGGACACUUGCAAGGUGUGCAUUAUUGUCUCUGAGAAGGUGACACAUGACCUGGUUGCCGAGCAAGCAGGACGUAAGCUAAAGGAGCUCAUCUACUUGCUUUUGAUUUCACUGGAUAAAUAAAGCAAUCCUGCACAUAUUGAAACUACACCUGCUUCCCAAGAUACAGAAGACACCUGAGUACUUCUUGGACCGACUCUCUUGGCUGUGUCGAGCACUUAUUGGGUCCUGAAGCUAUCUGCGUCCUGCUAUUUGCUCCAGGGCAAGGGAUGCGGCCGAUCGCUCGCCUUUAUAGCCAACUCUUGUGGGUCAGAACUGUACCGACUUACCCAUAACCGUAACCUGCCUUGCUGAAUUUCUGUAGAGAAGCCGAAUCGGGCCUAGAGUAAGAUAACUGCUACACACUGGCAGAACACGCAAAGUUUGGCACCAAAAAAGAGGCCCUUCCACAUUCACCCAAUGGGGAAGGACUUGACCUCGGAGAGACAGUCCGUGAAUUUGUGUUGCCGGCUCUCUGAUGGGCCUGGGUCUGGACGGGUGCCUCUCCCGGUCUCCGCUGUAAAGCCCCUUUGGAUAAACGGAGUUCAAAUCCACACAUUAUGCCCAGUAUGGGAAUUGGCUGACUAUACUGCCUCUCGAUGUGAGCUGACACCUAAUGCAGAGUUCUGGCAUUUACAGCAGCUGUAGUUCUUCAUUCUGGAUUAUUGCUUUAUACUGUUUUACUUUUAUUUUAAUUUUAUUUUUUCUUGUAUAUAGGUCUGAUUGGUACACGCUUAGGAGUACACAACCUGUUUAGCACAGUUUAAUUUUCAUUACUAUAGUCACUCUUAUGGUCAGUAUGUUUACUUCGAUGUAUGUUGGCAUAUGUAUUUUUUUAAAAUUUUUUUUGUUUUUGUUUUUUUACCAGACCUCUGACUUAAUCGUACUCCUGUCAUCCUUGGCAUACUCUUGAACUUCGUUUGACCUUUCUCUUUCAUAAAAAAUAGGCCGGUUUAACACAGGAGAAUGUGCAAUUGUUACUCUUUGUUGCAUCUAUGAUAUGUCUGUGCUGAUAUUACUCCUUCAAUAAAACAGAUUGUCACAAAAAAGUACCCCAGAUAAAAUUGGGGAUGUUACUAUUGCAAAGGAUUCUGGGUGGGCAUAUGCAAAUUGUUCAAUACAGAAUCACAAUUUUGCGUCAUUAUUCCAGCUUACUUCUCUGCUUUCCACAAUGUCAUGGAGACAUGGCCUUCUCUGGUGUGGUCUAAGCCACUGCUACUUGUAGAGAAGAAUUGGGGACACGCAUGCAUCCAAGCUUCCAUGUAGGAAAGCAUUGAAUCAGUGCUUUUCUAUAAAGGGUUCUGCAUCACGUGUCUUGAUGAGUUUAAGUUUGAUAUAUAAAUAUUUAUUUUAUAGGGUGUGUUAAAAAUGUUUCAAGUAGUAGUUACAAUAAAUCUACAGAGUUUUGUAUUUUUGGCUAUAGGUAAAAUGGUGUUAUUUAUCCUGUGUUACAUGGCACAUUGGUGUGCUUUGAGGCCAUCUCAAAGUGUGCCCUGAACACAUGAAAAUAUAGGUUAAAUGUAGUCCUUAAAAUGGGUAUAUACUACUUAUAAAAAAAAAAAAAAGCAUAUCUACUUGUUUAAAUAUUAGCAAAAUCAUUUAUUAAAGUGGUUGUCGAGCAUACAGAUGUAAAGUUCAGAAAAAUGUAUACAAGUUUUACACUUUUUAUAUAUAUGAUAUAAAAAAAAAAUAUUUAUUUUUUAGGUUUAAGAUGGAUAGUUCAGAAGAACCUCAAAAAAAAAUCUUUAAAGCACGUAAAACAAUGAAAUUUAGUGGUCGACAACAAUUAGAAGCCGUGCAUAAAGCCAAAGAGGAACUUCUAAAACCUGCAGAGGUAAAGUUACUUAAUGGAAAACAUGAAAAUGGAGAUUCAGACAUAAACUCAUCCCAUCAUGAUCUAGACUACAUGGCGGAAAAAAAGGACAUAAAUGGUACAACAGAUGUUAUCUCUGAUGCACAUGAAGUUCCCAUUGUCAAACUUUCUGACAUAAAAGAAGGUUUAAGAAAUUCCGAUCACACAAAAGACUUGAAACUUACACUUGAUAUACAGACCUCUGAUACUCUUGCAAGUAAAGAAACUGAAAUAAGCGUAAGUGUUGGUGAUAUUAAAACCCAUACAUGCCAAGAUAAAGCUAAAGAUGAAGAGGACUAUGCUGGAAAUAAUUCUCUCGUUAUAGAUGAGGACCAAAAUGACUCAGAAGAAUUGCCAGUAGAGGAUAGUGUGGUACCAUGUGAUGCUGACAUUUCGGAAGAACAACUAAAACUAAACCUUUCUGGGGAAGAGGAUAACCACAUACUUUCAGAAGGAAUACAGGAAGUGGAAGACGAACGUCUGAGGGAGAACACCUGUCUAAAUGAGGAACAGGAAAAUCUAGAUAUAUUACCAGACCAACAAUAUAAGGAAGAUAAUGAAAUGUUGGAGGAGAACCUAAAAAGUACUCUUGAGACUUGUGGCAAGGAUUCUAAGGAAGUUAAUGGUGAAGAGGAAAUCUUAAAGGAGUCGUUACAAAAUGAGCUGGAAAACCUAGAAGUACUUGAAGAGCGAGACAAAAUUGAGGUCCUUGAUGAAGAGGGAUCUGAGAAGCAAGUGAAUGCUUUGGUAGAUGGAUCAGAAGAGGCAGAAGAGACUCUAGGUAUGGUUGUGGCAGAAAAAGGUGGAAGUUCAGAACAAAAUCAUAUACCAGAUACAUUAUCAGUAGAUCAGGAUGCUAGUGAAGAAGCCAUAUCAAGUAGUAUGGAGGUUGACCAGAAUGCAAAAGGUGAAGAAAAUAAAUCCUCUUCGGCCACAGAAGCUGCAUUUGAGAAACCUCUCAAAUUACAGAGUUCUGGUUUAGAUAGUUUAGAACCCAUGGAAACAGAGGAAAUUGUCCCUAUUCUGGAAAAGCUGGCCCCAGUUGAGGACUUGAUUUCUGAGAGUGAUGUAAAUAUUGAUGAAGAUAAGGCAGACCUAUCCCCAAGUAAGCAAGAAAAUAGUGAACCUGGACCAAGUGAAGGCUUUUUACGUCUUUCUGAUGAGGAAGAACCCUGUGAUAUUCAAACAACUGAAGAAAAUGGAUCAAGCUCACAAGGUAAUUAGUGUGUGUGGUGUCCCCCUCCCGUUCCCAUUUUUGGCUUUUGAAAUUGUUGCAAGGUUGUUGUAACAGUGGGCCUACAUAAUCUGUUAUAUCUUGGGGUAUUGUUGGAAACCUCACCAGUGUAACCGUUCACUCUAUUUGACGCAUUUUGACCACGGAAGCCAAUCACGAAACUGGUUUCUAAUGGCUUAGGCAGUACAAAUGCUGUGAUGUGUUUUGGACUUGCUCAGCCUAAAGUUCUGACCUAGGAUUUAAAUGAUUAUUUUAAUGUAAUGGCAUUACACAGGAUGGCUGAAAGCUGAAAAAAACUUUUAUUUUUUAUUUUAUUUUAUUUUUCUUCUUAUUGUCCAUACUAAUGAGAUAUGAAAGUGAAAAACACUGUAUAAUUGAGGCCACAAUCUAUCAAAUACAAGUUGAGCUGAUGCCCAGGGUAUGACUAAAGUGUCCUUUUUAAUGAAUACAUCCUAAGCCUCUUAACAAAUUUAUGCUAAAGGCAAGGUGGCCACCAGAGUGAAUUCUUGUGUGGAAUCCCAAAACAAAGGUAUUUACAUGAUGUAUUUGCGGUUAGCAGAUGGAUAGUAUCUUUUGAUUGCCAUGAAAAGUUUUUGUCUAUUGUCUAGCCAGGUAGUUUAGAACAAUAUAUAAAUUCAGUUUUAAAAUGGUAAAAUUUGCGUCCCAGGUUCACUUGAGAACACCCUAUUAAAUGUAUUUACUUGCUAACUGAUUUGUUUUUUUCUUUUUCUACAUUUUAGCUCUAAGAACCGAAGAUCAAGAAGCGGUAGCAGAAAAACAACAACAAAAAGAGAAGACAAAUGAACAGGAACAGCAAGUAGAGCAAAGUAUGUCUUUUAAUACAUUUGUAUCUAUUCCUGUGUUUUCCACAUGCUUAUUUGUGUUUUUAUGAAUUUUCAGUUAACAUUUAAGGAUUUUUUUUUAUUUAUGGGACCUCGUUCAAGUAAGGAGAGAGGUGGAAGCACACUGCAGAAAUGUUUUCACCAGAGCAUUCCCUGUUUUAUAUAAAGGCACUGACUCCUACUGCUGAGUGCUGGAAUUACUCCAGAGAGAAAAGUAAAAUAUGAGCAAGAGCUAGAUCGUUCCAGGAAUAGACUUAACAAGUAGCGGAAGUCUAAUAUAUAGUUAUAUAUAGAGAUGUAUAGAUGUUUACAUGUUAUCAGCAUUUGGCUCCUUAUAAAAGCCUGAGUAACAUUUAACGUUUUUCUCUCUAUAGCUGUAGUUUCCCAGCGUAAACGCUCUAAAUCUGAAGACCUUGACGGUGAGAGUUCUAAAAAGCGGCGGUUUGAUAGUGAAGAAUAUGAAGCUGAGCUACAAGUUAAAAUUACAGGAGGAAAUGACCUCAACAAGAAACUUCAUAUGGUAAUAUUUUAUUAUUUUUUUUUUUUAUGUAGACUAUGCAUAACACAUAUUCUGUGUCCGUGGUUUUGCAUUAAUGGGAAGCAUGUUAAUAUAGGUAGUCAAAUUAGAAAUAUACUACUUCUUUAUAACCCAGCCCAAAACUCACACAGUCAUUGUCAAUCAGUGUUGUCCAGGUUGGACAAAAUUGCUAUUUACAACAUUGAAGUGUUAAUUCAACAUUUUACAUGCAGCCAAUAUAGUGGUGAUUCAUUGUGUUCUAUAAAACUAUGCUUAAGUGGUUUGACAUUAUUGCAAGGGACAGCACCAGCAGACUACAGACCGCAUACCCCUACACCAAGCUGUAGGAGUUAUAUUGCUUAGUGCCCCUUUAACAUUCAUUUCAUAAUUUUAUUACUUUUAUAGCUAUUUAAGAAUGUUUUAAUGGUACAAGUGAACAUUCGCACCCCACUCUUAUAUUAAUACUUUUUUUUUUUUUUUUAUGUUCUGUUUGUAGGUAAUCCAGAAGAUGUUAGAUGAGAAGCUAAAUGUUUUGCAGUGUGCAGUCUUUGACACAACCCUUGCUGACUUGAAGACAAGAGUGGAGAAAAUUGAAUGCAAAAAACAUGAAGAUGUUUUAUAUGCAAUCCAGGUAAAAUACAGCAAUUACAUACGCUACGUAUGUGUACAAAAUAAAUUGGGGACUGUUUUUCAAACUACAGAUUGUCCUUUUUAUCGAUGACUGUGGAGAAAUCCCUUAAUGUCAACUAAAAUGUACUUGCUUUAUCUUUUUGCUCUAGGCUAAAAUUGCCCGGCUGACAAAGCGUUUUGGUGCAGCAAAGGAAGACCUAAAGAAAAGACCUGAGGUAAAGUGAAGAAGUUCUGUAAGAAAUGUAUUGUCCGUAAAACAUCAUCAAAAUAAUUACAAUAAAACAACAUUUUAUGUUUUACAAAAUAAGAUGUCUCACAAGCCAUCUGCUCUAGGAGAAAACAAGGGUUUGGCUGCACUCACCUAAACAUACUUAAAUGGGGUGCUGCUGGGGGCCAAUAAGUACAGUAAAAAUGAAAAUCCAGCCCACUCACUUAUCUACUAAGCAGUUAUUUUAGUGCUGAACAAUUGUUAGUUUUAUUAAAAACACCUAAUCUAGGCAAAAAAUCAUGGGGGUUUAGUUACAGUAUAUGAUCAUACAUUGCAUAAGCCUGCCACAACGCCAAUGUACCCCAUCUUUGGCAGGUCCUACUCUGUCUGCUAAAUGAGCUACUCACUUGGGGAAAUCCUUCCAUCUCGAGUUUUUUGCAGUACAAGGCUUAAAUAGGGUCCUGAGAUGAGGCACCUGUAACGGGAGGGGUGCAAAACCAAGGAGCUGGCUAGACUCCUAAGUAAAUACAUAUAGGAGAAAACAAGGGUUUGGCUGCACUCACCUAAACAUACUUAAAUGAGGUGCUGCUGGGGGCCAAUAAGUACAGUAAAAAUGAAAAUCCAGCGCACUCACUUAUCUACUAAACAGUUAUUUUAGUGCUGAACAAUUUUAUUAGUUUUAUUAAAAACACCUAAUCUAGGCAAAAAAUUAUGGGGGUAGAGCCAUCUUCUCUACUGACAAAUGGAAACUGAAUGUGAGUUGGUUUGAAAAUCCAGCUUAUGAUAGGAGCAUAAUCUUGGCAGCUGAAAACUACUUUUUCUUAUUUUUUUAAUAACUAGGCAGAUAUUUUUAUUGUAUUACCGAUUCAUGGUAAAAUAAGUAAAGAAUCUGAUAAAUAGUACAUUUAUUUUCUGGUAAAUGUAAUUCUUACAAAACUAUAACAUUUUUUUUUUCUCCCACUCUCCUUUUGAAAAAAGCAAACUACAGCCAACCAGCCUGCAUCACCAGAGAAGACUGCAAAUGAAGUCACUCCAAGUGGUAAUGCGGUGUCUUACAGGUGAGAUGGAGAAUAUUCUUUCACCAGUGUGUAGUUUGGGGGGUGAGUUUUAAAGCAUCAGAUGCUAAUACCUGGAGUAACAUUGCUCUUUGAAUGCACAUAAUUGUCAUUGUUAAGGAGUGUGAGGACUCAAGAACAUUGAGGCUGAGGGGAUGUUUAUUAUCCAAACAUGGAUCUAUAUUUGAUUUUUUUUAAAUCAUUUUUUUUGUGGUGGGGGGAUACAGGUUGAAUAAAGGUUCUUUUUUUAUUAUCAUUACAAUUCAGUGUAGCAGUAUUUUUCAGUGUUUUCACCAAAGAUUCCUCAGGCAGAUAUGUAAAAACAAUUGUUUGAAACUGAAUUUAAAAUGCUCAGAUUGUGCUGGCAAUGAAUAUACCUCAAGGUUAAUUCACCAAAUGUUGUGUUUUACCAAAAUACACCUGACAAAAGUUGAAACUUAAUCCUGCUUGUACAUACACCAACUUUAGAGAGAGGGUGUAUUUCUGUAGUUUCCACAUUAUUCAAAUUAUUUGCAGCACAAAAAUAAAAUAUUGAUAAAACAGGAAAGAUAUAUUACACUAGUAAUGUUACAUGUAUGUGACUUUGCAUGAAAUAAAUGCCAGUCUGGGAAUACAACUUGUAUAGUUCAGUUAUGAUAGUUUCUAAAUCUGUUUUGUUUGUUAUAGAAAUUCCAGUACUGUGAGACAGAUGUUGGAAUCAAAGAGAAAUGUCGGAGAGACUACUCCUACAGCCUCUGUGCAAUCCUCAACCACUGGUAAAUCACGUUCUUAUAUUAUGCACAUUCACAUAAAUUCAUUUGUUAAACCAUUUUCCUUAUGUAAGUUGCCAUAAUACAGACAGUGACUCGAGUAUAAGAUGAGUGGGGGUUUUUCAGCACAAUAAAUGUGCCGAAAAACUCGUUGUAUACUCGCGUAUAUACGGUAAGAUGUAACAGUUAACGAUGGUAUUAACGUUGCUAAAUGUUGAUGUGGUAAUGUUGUACAUAUUUCAGGUGCACCAUUACUUCCAAGUCCAUCCAGUUUACCACUGCGCAAUACUAACACUACACAAAUAUCAGCAACCCAGUCCACUCCAAAUACCAGCCUUCAGGGAAGGGCACCACCUGACUGGAAGCUUAUUCAGCAAAAAAGUAAGUUACAAAGUUAGGUCCUAUCAUAUUUUCCUGCUACGUUUGUUUUUUAUAUAAAUGUAAUAUCAAGAAGGAAUACAGAAGGAAAAAACUAGUUAAACCCCUUCUGUACAGCACUAAUGUUCCUCUGCGCUGGCUCGGGUCAGCCUUGCAAUGCUUUCCUAUGGGCUUUUGGGUGAUGCUGGACGUCCCCAGCUUGCUGUAAUAAUUAUAUUGCCAGGAGUUAACAUUACUUAAUUGUCUCAUGGCAUUUAAAAACAUUCUUUCAAUGUAAGAAAUCAAUGUAGUCAUUAAUGUAGUUUUGCUAUAUUUCCUCCCUGUCUUCAGCAGAUCAUUUUUGCAGAUACUUUCACCGUGUUUUUUUACGUUUUCAUUUUUUAUCACAUCUUUCUCUAUAAAUUCUACACUGUAACAUGUCAAAGUUGCAGAAUCUAAAUGGUUUCUGAGUUGUUGGAACCAUUAAAUCUGGCACAAACAAUUACUCUACAGCCAGUGGUUUUAUUUACCCAUUAUCCUCCUUCAAUUGUGUGAUUUACAUUUUCAAUAUGUCAACACACUUAUUAUAUUGUUACAUCCACAACAUUCAUUGUUUGCAUUUUGUGUAAAAAAAUGGAGUGCACUGGUUAUUAAUACUCUAACACCAAAAAAAAAGAAAUUAAAUUAUUUGAAGUAUGUAUGUGAAAACCAGAUCACAAUAUUAUUUUGAAAACAGUCUAAUAUAAGUGAGUCUGGAAUAUAAAAGAUGAGGAAGUAAGUGAGAAGAAUUUUUUUUUUUUUUUAAAGCUAAUUUUCCAAUGCUAGCUAUGUUCUAAAUGUAAUUGUUCAGAGCAUAAAAUUAGCAGCAAAUCAUGACCAUAAAAUGAAACUGUACCUUGGAUAUUUUACUAGCGGUAUCUAUAUUUGUAAAAUUAAAACUAUGAGAUGAUCCUGUUCAAUGGUCACUGUGGGGGUUCUGGAGCCAUGAUUUCCCUGGUUUGGAAUAAUUUUUUUUUUUUUUUUUUCAAUGGCUUGAUACGUAACUGGGUCCUUCCUGGUGCCGAUAUUCUUUAACAAUAUAAAUUUUGGCCUUAAUAGGCCUUAAUUAAUUGACUGUGAGUGUCUCCCAAUGAUUGAUGUUCAAAGUUGCUUACAUGUCACUCAAUGUUAUCGCUGUCACUAUAAUUUGGAGGGAAACAUUUAGUUCCCACUUUAGUAUAAUUCACAUUUUAUAUCCUUCUUAUUUAUUUUACAGUCAAUGCUUCAAGUAUUGGAUCAUCCCAAAACACUGUAACUACCCAGCCCAAGCCUUCAACACCUGUCACUUCCGCUCCAGUGAUGUCGUCAGUGCUCUCAGCACCAAGCACUACAACUGUUGUUGGAAAUACUCAAGUUUCUGCCAGUACCACCCAACCAAUGUCUGUCUCUCUUCAAUCAUUGCCAGUAAUCCUGCAUGUUCCAGUGGCAAUGCCCUCACAAUCACAGAUUCUUCAAGGUACAACUGGAACAUUGGUAACGAACCAGCAAUCUGGAAAUGUAGAGUUUAUUCCUGUUCAAAACCAAUCUGCAGUGAGUAACCUCACUAAAACACCUUCAGUGACCAUGGCUGCAACAAAACCCAUAAACAGCUCCUCAUUGCCUAGCCCAGGAAUUCAGAGGAAUUCACCAGCUAGUUCUGUAGCCUCAACUCUAGCAGUACAGGCUAUAACACCAUCACAUUCUGUUGCACAAAUAUCUAGACCAUCUCUGCAACCUGUGGGAAGUACUGGAGUGUAUAAUCAAGCAAACAAUCGUACGCCUUCACAGCUCAAAUCACCAUUGUCUGGUUUUAGCAGUUCAUCAACACCAGAAUUACCUACAGCAUCAAGACAAGGUAUAUAGCAACAAGUAGAAUCCAUGUUGACGCCUAUUAAACUGAAUUUCAUUUUAAAAUACAUUCCCCUUAUUGGGUGUACUUUUUAUAUAUGCCGGUUUAUGUAAAGCUACUCCAUUUGAGAUGAAAAUACUCUGAGAAACUUUGUUUGUUAAAAAGUUCCCAGUAUAUAUUUGAAUUUCCCUUGAAAUAUAGACAUAUUUCUAAAAUCUUUAAAAUGCGUAUUUGUGUGUAUGUGGAUAGGAGAUACAUAAUGAUGAAUCGUAUUAUGGCAGAAUAAUGCCACAGAGGGGUUCAGGAAACCUCUUAAAAAAUAAUCCAUGACCCCAAAUGUUGAGUAUCUUUUAUAUUCUGUGAUUUUAUUUUGUGUGGGGCUUUUUUUUUUUUGUUAGUUUUUUUUGGGGUUCAAACUUGCCGGCAUCAAUUCAGAUAGGGAAAACGAUUAAUGCUACUGUCUGAGAUCAUAAAUCCCUCAAACGUUGGGCACAACAGAAGUUUGCAACUGAGUUGAAAUUUGGAAAUUUAUAUGUAUACGGCAUGUGUGUGUGUAUGUAGCAAACCAUUCUUGUCAUGUUCUUUCCAAAUAUUCAUCAGUUUUGCAGAACCCUUAAUAAGAAUGUAUUCUCUUGCAGAACAAGCCAACCGAACACCAGUAUCAGAGACACCCGCAAGCAAACGUGCAGCUGAAACCACUACACCUGUAAGUUAUGUGCCCUUGACAUUUGCUGAAAAAUGUGAAGUGGAACAGUCUGCAACUCAAUUGUUUUACAAAUGUUUAAUUUCAAAAUAUUGACAAUAGUUGAGCAGUCAGCUUUGACUCUAUAGUAAGCCAUAAAAACCACCUUAUCAGACUAAUGUUAAGAGGCCCUCUAGACUGGAAAUGACCAUUUCCUAUUUUUUUUUUAUUUUUUUUAUUGUAUUUUAUAGAUAUUGCAUUAUAAUAGGACUGAAAAUUUCAAGUCCUCUGCUGCUAGACAGGCAUUAAAUGCACCAAGGCCAGUUGAUCUCAAUGUAGUUUUAACCUUGCAAUCCAAAAUAUUGCACUUUUGUAGAAACUGCAGUGUUUGUAUUGAAAGUUUAGACACACACUGUUCCUGUUUUCUUGACGGCCAUCAGAGGCCCUUCUAUUUGAGAACCAAAUCAAACUUGGUUCUAAAUCUAAUAAUACUUUUAGAGCAGCAUUUGCAUGAUGCAGCAUGGCAAUUUGUACUGCAUGUGCACUAGGCUAUGGGGAAGCAUUACAAUGGCUGAUAUUAUCAAAAUGGAUGAUAUCCGUUACUUAAUGUGGUGCGGACAUGGAGAGAACACUGUGGCACUGUAGAAAAGGCAAAUAAAACUACCUUUUUAUUUUACAUUGGGUCAGGCACACUGCUAGGUGGUCACUAUAGCAUUAGGAAUGCAUGUUUGUAGUCUUAACAGUAUAGUUUUCCUUUAAAGGCACAUACAUAUUGAGUCUGAAAAAGGCACAAUAAAUAUGUGGCUUAAAGGGACACUCCACUGUUCAAAUCACUAUUUAGUAGAUAUAGCCCCAAAGAAAACAUGCAUGCAUUAAAUUAUUUAAAAAAAACAUUUAACUGGGAGUAUAAUUAAAAAAAAAAAUUGCAAAAGCUGCAGAUCUCUUGUAUGAAGUCUUUGCAAGUCCUCCUUUUCUAACCCCAGACUUUGUGUCUGUCCAAUCACAGACUUCCCAAUGCAAAUCUUGAACCAGAUUAUAAAAUAUGUAAAACAGAUUAAACCCCCCCAGCCCCUUUUCUCUAUAUUACAAUGUAGCUUUGCCAAUCAUAUUUUGCUCUUUGAAAAUUGAACUGCUGGACAUUUUCAAUCCAGUAAAUCAAGUAUUAAAGUGUUAGGGGGUUAUGCUGACUAGCAAUUUCUAAGCUCUCUCUGCACACACUCUGCUUCAAGCAUAUGAUAUUGUCCCCAUUCAAUUUAUGAAAGAUCUCCUCCUUGAAACGCAGCAGAACCGCGAAAGGCCUCCCGGCCGAGUAUGCCUGUGUUCGACUAGUCUCUGACCUCUCUGCAGCCACCCUACGACAACACAAGGCCUACCAGAAGGUGACAGAGACUUUGCGCACACACCGCAUUCUAUACCACUGGGGCUUACCCGUCCGCCUAAUUAUAUCCAAAAACGGGGCUACCAUAGUCAUUCAUACCGUGGAAGACGGAGUGAAGCUCUUACAUCAGUGGAUCCUGCCCGUCCUAGGAGAAGCAUCGGAGCCCAAGUCGCCUAGAAGAGUAGACCAGGACUGGCAUGUACCAAACUGACAGCUUACUACAAGUAUUCUUUGCUUCGGCAACGCUAUACUACUGGCAUUUUGCUAGUUGCUUAGCCAACUAAAAUUUUUAUGCAGAACCUCUUUUGCGUUACAAAAACGGUGCUCUAUGUUCAUACCAAUGUUUUAAGGUCUGAGUCACCAAUUUUGUAUUUUUGCAUACUGUUUAGAAAUGUUUUGUACUUAGCACCACAAUGUCUUUAGCCUGCUGAGGCCACCUGCCCUGCCCUGCACCAAGAUCGGGCUUUACUGUACAUAGUUUGGUCACAUUUUUUGAUUUUCUUUUCACCUCUUAUCUGCUCUCCCUGGUUACAGUCCUCCCCCACCCCCCCAUAUCAUAAUCCAACCAAUGCCCUUGUAAAGUAAAGUAACCCGAGGCAUACCUCCACCCUCUAUUUUCAUAACUUGGCAUAUGCCACAAAAAGCACUAUCAGAAUCCCAGCUCAUACUUUAGCUGCCCCACUCGCAACUUACACUGAAAGUAUACUCCCAUAAUGUACAUGGACUAAACAUGCCCCACAAAAGGCAUAUGUUGCUUCAGGAUACCUGGAAAUCACCAGCGCAUAUACUGUGCCUUCAGGAAAAACAUUUCCCUAAAGCAAAGGUCCCCCAAUUUGGCAUGGAACACUUCCCCAACCAAUUUCACUCCGCUCACACCUCAAAAUCCAGGGGUGUCUCUAUAUACAUACAGAAGUCAGUUGACUUUGAACUGUUACAAAAGAUUCAUGAUAAAUAUGGCAGAUACCUAAUUGUUAUGAAUGCUGAACAACGCAUUGUAUACUUUAGUGAAUGUGUCUGCACCAAAUGAAAACAAGUGGAACUUUUUACACAGUGUGCUCACGAAGGUGGCAGCUGCACAGAGGGGCACCACUAUUAUUUGCGGUGACUUAAACCACGUCUUAGACCCUAACUUAGACUCUUCAGUACCGCCACACACAGGCAUCGGUCCCUCAAACCUCACUGCAAAGCGUUGACAAAACGUUUGCUGCAAUUUAACUUACACGAUAGCUGGAGGACACUACACACCUCAGACAGAUGUUACUCCUAUUACUCGAAAUCCCACAAGACAUACUCCAGGAUAGAUGUGUUACUUGUAACUGGCCCUUCUCUUAAUUUGGUUCAGACGUGCAGCAGAGGGGACAUUGUUUGGUCGGACCACGCACCACUGAUUACGACAUUUAACGACUUCACCUUUCGAGGCUGUAACCCAUAGAGACUAAAUGACUGAGUAUUGCAGAACGAGAAGUUCUGUUCGGAACUUGAAUAUGAACUUUUGAACAACUUCUCUCUUAAUCAUACACUCGGGACUUCCCCGACCUUGAUAUGGCAGGCCCAUAAAGCCGUCAUACGCGGUUUGUUCAUAAGACGAGCCUCCUUCCUUAAAAAGGUUUCCCAAGCUAAAUCCUUAAAUCUGUUGCGGAAACUGAGAGAUGCCUCUGCCUCCCAUCUGCUCAACCCCAACCCUGCAGACGCUAAACACACAGAGCCAAAAUCCAAUCCGACUCGUACCCUUCACAGACUCAAAACUAGAGUACGUCAUGGGUAAUAAGGCGAGUUCCCUUUUAGCUACCAGACUCGGGGACGCACAGGCCCAAUCCAAAAUAUCGGGGGGGAAAAAGUGAUCAGGCCCCAGGAGAUCAGCAAACUUUUCGCAGCGUUUAUAGCAAACUCUAUAACCUUAAAAAUGAUCCACUGGUCCAUCAACCUACUGAGGAAGAAAUAGCCGAUUUCUUGUCUUGUGUUCACUUACCCAUACUAUCGACCUCACAAACAACAUCCCUAGCAAAGCCUAUCUCCUUAAUAGAGGUAGAAACUGUUAUACAAAACCUACCAUCACACAAGGCGCCAGGACCAGAUGGGCUUCCCAACGUGUAUUACAAAACGUUCUCCUCUUCCUCUCCCCCGAUUAGUAUCGCUCUUCACCUCAACUACGGCCCUGGAGUCCAUACUGACGGACAUGCUCACAGCUGAUGUUGCCACCCUACCCAAACCUUGCAAACCACCCGUCCAAUGCGCCAACUUUAGACCCAUAUCCCUCCUAAAUUCAGACGUAAAGAUCCCAGCUGAAGUUUAUGCCAACAGACUGACUUCUAUUCUCCCAACCAUCAUACACUCCGACCAAGUCUGCUUCGUGCACGGUAGGCAAGGAGCAGAUGGCACAGGUAAAGCCCUCGCGCUUCUGCACACCAUGCAUAGACGUUCACCUAACAGCCUUCUAUUGUCGUUAAAUGCGGAGAACUCGUUUGACCGCCUUCAUUGGCCGUUCCAGCAGGCGGUCAUGACUAAGUUUGGUUUUCCCACCCAUUUCAUUUCAGUUAUCAAAUCGCUAUAUAGUAAUCCUGAAGCUCGAGUUUUUACGUCCCCUUUCCCCAUCACAAACUGAACUAGACAGGGGUGCCCUCUUUCCCCGCUCUUGUAUAUCAUGGCCUAAGAACCCUUAGCCGAGUCCAUCCGAUCAGCAAAGGUGAUAUCUGGUGUCAGAGUUGGGGAGACUGAAUACACAUUGAACCUUUUCACGGAUGAUAUCCUGCAGACUAUAACCAACCCCCAUACUUCCAUACCGGCAUUUCACUCCAUAUUACAGGGGAAUGAGUCUUCCUAACGUGCAACUGUACCACAAAGCAGUGGUUUUAGCUGGUCUUUUCUCGAUCAAUCAUCUUAUCGACCCACCACAAUGGGUCUCCAUACAACAACACUGGUUACCCCGACAAGAUAUCAAUACUGAGGUGUGGUUAUUACCCCACCAAAGGGAACACACAUUGCAAGCACUCCCCGCCACCUUAGCAACAUUAAAAAUUUUGGAUGUCUCAAGCAAACUCCUGUGCAGCUGCCACCCAACCCCCUUUCGACUCCUAUUAAGGUGUUCGCAUCUAUUAUACCUGACUUUAACUACAGAGUUUGGAAUAGGUGUGGUGUGUUCUAUCUAUACACUCUCUUGGAUAAGGGUAAAUUGGCCACUUUCGAACACUUGAAAGGCAGUUAUACACUACCCAACACCGCACACCACUCUUACUUACAGCUGACAUCUUGGUGGAGGUCUCAUACACUGCAUUCCACACCACAGGUCAAUGUUGACCCCACAAUCUUUGAAAAGAUUUUCAUGAUGUUAACGCUGGUGAACAAACCUAUCUCAGCUAUAUACACGCUACUACUGCCCAAACUUGGAAUCAAGUCCUUUGUCUGCGUACAAUCGUGGGAAAAAGAUUUAAGACGAACUACCAGAAACGACCUGGUUAGCCUCAGUAAAUAUGUGUAGGGGUUUGACAUUCUGUGCUUCUCACUUAGAACUAACCCGUAAACUUUUUUACCGUUGGUACAUGGUCCCUACACGAAUUGCUACUAUGCGCCCAUCCAUGCCAAACACAUGCUGGUGCUGCAAAAAAGAGGUUUGCUCGUUCCUACACACAUGGUGGAACUGCUAGAAAAUCCAACCAUAUUGGAGAGAUGUCAAAUCACUAAUAUAACACACCUCGGUCAAAGUACCAAAUUCCCCUUCCUUACUUCUCUUUUUCUCUAUUUUCAAGACUAAAUACCCCAAACCAGUUAGAUAUUUAAUCUUUCACUUACUCGUAGCGGCACAACACUUUAUUGCAAGUAAAACUGGCUAUCCGCAAAUAACGCAUCUAUGCGAGAGCUAAUCCGACAUAUUUCCCAAAUUGGUAAAUACGAAUCCAAAAUAACUCUAGUACUGACUCGCAAUAGUUGGAGACAUGAAGUUUGGGAAAACUGGGUGUUGAAACACCCAACCUGAACACCUAAGAUCUGGCUAACAUGCACACUACACUUUAUACCUGAAUCUAUGAGAAUUCACGGGUAUUAAUGUCACUCCUGGUUGACAAACACAGGCAAUGACCGAAAGCCGGGAGGGAAACUUGACCCUGGGACCGAGGGAUCUCCUCAGCAUAAACAACUGGAAUGCCCUUCAGACGCCUUUACGCUGGAUGUUUCCUCUCCCCCCCCCUCCCAAAUGCCCACUGCUACCUUUCCUCCCCCUCUCACUGCCUAUUCUCCCCCACCUGGAUUGAAGCGUUCUUAGUGGAACGAACUUUCCAAGGGGCAGACAUAAGCGUAGAACAAACCCACUAAUGCUCCUAGACAUAGAGACCGCCAAGACACGAGAUGCAAUCUACAGUGGUUUUUGUUCUUGGAGUAUUAAAGGGAAAUUACAGACACCAAAAGUGGAAGCAUCAGCUGGACUGCUUGUUGUGUUAACCUAUAUUGAUGGAUAUAGUGCAUCUAAUCUCAGCUUACAUGUUUUCAGGGUUAUUAUUUAAAGGGAUACUAUAUGUGCCCUAUAGCUCCCUCUGCUUCCCCCUACCAGGUAAAUAAAGGGUUUAAAACCCUUUAUUUGCUUAUCUUUUUACCAGCGCAGAUGUCCCUUGGCACUGGGUCGAUGCUCCGCCCCCUCCUCUGUCCCUAUGUGGAAAAAUCUGAUUCUGGAUGUCCUCAUGCAGAGUGUGAGGACGUCCCGCGUCCGAUACUAGACCAAUGGUCUGUUUCGAAUAAGAAAGGCUUCUAGUGACUGUCUGAUAGACUGCUACUGUGGGCAGACUUAGAACUGCAAUGUUAACAUUGCAGUUUCUCUGGAACUGCAAAAGACCAAUUCAGUUAGCUGAAGGGGUCUGGGUGCCUACAAUGUCCCUUUAACUGUACAUUUUCUGACCAUAUGUUCAGUACGUUCAGUUUUGUGAAUCACCACAUUUCUAGACUACAUAUGAAUGUGAGUUGUUGUUUUUUUGUUUCUUUAAUUAUAACAUUGAUAAUCAAUAGAAUUUUUUUUAUUUUAUUCCCAGAGUGGGAAAGCUGGAAGUGGAAUUAUUGACCUUACAUUGGAUGAAGAGGAUCAUGAAGCAGCAUCUCAAGGUAAAUGACACUCAUUUUUUAAAUAAAAGGCAACUUUAUUAUUGCAAGAAUAGAGUGACACCUAUGUUUUCAUAAUCUCAAUGAGUAGAAGUGAAAAAAAUAAAAUAAAAAAACCCUCUCACACAUUAAUUACCUUUUCUGACUGCUGCAAGCUCUUUUGUGCUUAUUAUCCAGACUUGGUGGUAAUAUGAGAUUAUGGCAUGUCUUCCAAAAGAAAGAUUUAAAAAGAAAAAAACCUUGCUAAGGCUAUUAGCAGGCAAGCAUGUGAGGUUUCUAUAUUUCAGUCAGCCUGGACUGUGGGGGUAUUUCAUACUUACUGGGUUUGUCUUUGUAAUGCAGAAAUCUGAACACCGAAAAUGUCAGCGUAAAAGAAAAAUCUAUAUUUGACUUAAAUAAAAUUAAGUGUGUACUAAUGAGAAUUUUAACAUUCAUAAUCCUUGUCAGGUUUAUGAUUACGAGAAGAAAUUUACAUGUGAUUAAUAAUGCAAAACAUGAUGCUUGUGUGUUGAUAUCAAGUUAAUAAUUUUAAUGUCUUAUUAGGUAUUGAUUUUUUUAUUAGUUAUGGCUUCUCCACUAGCAGCAUAAAGUGCAAAACAAAAACAUUAUUCUCUGUAUUUAUUACUUACAUUUCCUUAAUUACCAAUGUUAAUCUUUUAAUUUAGAAGUGGUUAAAAAUUUUUACACUUCUGUAAUGCAGUAUGCAUUGUAUGAUGUAAUCUUCCUGCCUCUGUACCAAUGGGUGCAUUAAACCUAAACUUCUUUAUUUAGAAUCAAAGAGGACUAGCUCUGGAGUUCCGUCAUCCCAAGUUACAGGUCGCCCCUCACAACCUACACAAUCCUCACAGCCAAAUAGUCUUCAGACACAAUCUGUACCUGCAGGACCUUCCCAAACCACCAUACAUGUGUUGCCAUCAGGUAAUAUUUUAAAUUGUUUUUUUGUUGUUGUUUUUUUUUCUUAAAAAGAACUAGUAUACUUCGCCUGUAGACAAAAAUGUCUUUCACAAGAUAAGGCAUCAACUAUUAUAUGCUCUGCGUAUGUGUAUAUUGGUUUCCGUCUAUAUAAUUCAGAACCCGUUUUACGAAUGACUGGUAUUUUGAAAAGUGUUUUUGGUAGUAUGUUAAUUGCACGUUUUUGUUUUUUUGUACACAUUACAGCUCAGACUACUGUUAACAUUACUCAAAGACCAGGGACUCAAGCUCCAACAAGGGCUACAGCACCCCGACCUCCAAACAAUCAGCAGAUGGUAUAUACUACAACAAAUCUUCCCACUGUCCCAGCCUCCACACCUGCACGUAGCACACUUAUGCAGAACCAGAAUCUGAAGCAAAUAAGUCCACAAACUGGAGGUAAAUUUUGUUUUGAUUUUAUUAUUAAAUGGAAUUUUACAAUACAUGCAAUAUAUGCUUUAGUAUGAUAUUGCUGGCGAAAGUCAACAUAGCUCAAGUGUUUUGAUAGGAUCCUGCCUCACAUUCAUGCUGUUUUUUUAUUUUAUUUUAAAUUUUAAUCAGCAUUCAAAUCUUAUCUCUCAUUCAAUCUCUUUAGUUUUUGCAACUUUUUGCAGAGUUACUUGCAGAAUUUUCCUUUUCACAAACCUUCUCCUUGAUUAGAAGUAGGUACAUAGCUCAGCCAAUGAGAGAGCAGUAUCUCCUUGGCUGCUGACAUGGCUCUUACUCACAGCCAAGCACACAAUGAUCCCCACAGCCAAUUUCAUGAAAUCAUGUCAUAAUCUCACAACCUAACAUUCAAUUCUAAUAAAAGGAAAUCUGCCAAUUAGCAAAUCAAAGCUGAAACAGCCUUUGCUUCAAGAUAUCCCAUCCCCAAGUUCACGUUUGUUGGCAGCAUCAUGCCAUGUCAAUGUCCAUUUUAGGAACUGUGAGAAUUAUGCUAAUCAUGUAAUUGUAAGCAUCCUAAUUGUAGGAAUGUUAUAGAAAAUGGGCCUGCUUUUACAAGAACAAUGUGUUUUUUUAGUUUUGACAAAAAUGUAAUUGUAUAAUUUAUAAUUCAAAUCAUGUAAAAGGUAUGCAUGGUUGUGUAUACCUUGUAGAAAUGUUAAAAUUCUAUUGAUUUACUUUUUCACCUUGCACAAUUUUUAGGGGUUCCCGUUCGAAUGCCUCAAGCCACUGCAUAUGUGGUUAAUAAUGGAAUGGCCAUGGGUACUGCAGGACCACAGCUCACUGUACACCAUCGCCCUGCCCAGGUGGGAAAACCUAAAAUAAACUGCAUUGUUCUGUAAUUACCUGUUUUGCUACAUGUUGAAAAAAUUGUCAUUUUUAAAAAAAAUUUUUUUUUUUUUUUUUUAAACCUUGCAUACAACUUCAUAUUGAUAAUAUAUUCGUAUUCUUGAAAAUCUGUGCUUCUUAUAUAUAUCUAUGUUGUGUGUUUGUGUAACAGAUCUUCCGGUGUCUUCCAGUAUUUUACAUUAAACUUUAUAUCACUUACAGUAUUGCAUACAAAUUGGGUUUCUGUAUAUGUGCUUAUUUUCUGUUAAAUGUCAAUCUGUAUAUAAAAUGCAGUAAAAUAAACUUUUCUUUUUUUACAGGAACCAGCAAGACCAAUUCAUCCAGCUCCACUUCCGGAGGCUCCUCAACCCCAGCGGCUUCCUGCAGAAGCUGGAUCAACUUCUGCUCCUCAAAAGCCUCACCUCAAACUGGCCAGAGUACAAAGUCAAAAUGGAAUUGUCCUUUCUUGGAGUGUAUUGGAAGUAGAUCGCUCUUGUGCUGUUGUGGACAGCUAUCACCUCUAUGCUUACCAUGAAGACCCAACUGCAACAUCUCCAUCACAGUGGAAAAAAAUAGGAGAAGUCAAAGCACUACCACUUCCAAUGGCUUGUACUCUCACACAGUUUGUAUCUGGUAGCAAGUACUAUUUUGCUGUCCGGGCUAAGGAUAUUUAUGGUCGUUUUGGACCCUUUUGUGAUCCACAGUCUACAGAUGUUAUUUCCACUCAGAGCAGUUAAAAGACUAGGACAAAAGACAGAUUUUUCAUAGUUUUUGUUUCCAUGUUUUAAGACUCAUGCAUGAAAUUAAAUUUAGAAAAUUUAUGGAAACUGUUGGGCUUUUCAUUCUGGCAUGACAGUUUAAUUUCUCCAACCCUUGAAAUCUUCAAGUUUGGCUUAUAUGCAGUACAAUGUGGAUUGAACCUGACCACUAUCAUUAUUUGUAAUGACUUUGGAAAUGUGUACAAGAAAGGAAUUCAUGAUACGCCAUCCACAUAUUGUAAUGUCAAGUUUAUGAACUCUUUGCAGUGGAUAUAAAAAUGCCUGAAUACAGGAUGGAAGACGUAUAAAUUGUGGAUCAUAUUGAAGUAAAUGGAAAACCUACUUUUCCUUCAACGAUAUAUAAUUAUAGCUCUUAGAGAGGACAAGUAUUACACAGGAACCAGUGUUGUGUGGGUAGUUCUUGCAAAAUGACAAAACUGUGAUGUGAUCUCCACUGGAUGGGGAUUCUAUACUGUUGAGCAAGAAAUUAACAUACAUCGAUUUUAUUCCCUCCGGGUGUGUUUUUUUUUUUUUUUUUUCCCUUCAUCUUCUUUGUGAUUUUUUUAUUUUGUGCCUUAACCUGAAAAUACAUUUUCUGUAUUUGUUCCUUUUUGUUUUUUCUUUUUUAUUUAUCCACCUGUCCUCUAGCUAAGAAUACUGGUAGAAUUUAACAUGUCCGCACCCCAACGCCAAAGAGGAAUCAUUUUAAAUGCCGGAAAGGUUUUAAUUUAAUUUUUCCUUCCCUCGUUUUUUUUUGUUUUGUUUUUUAUUUACUUUGAGGUUUUGUUGUGGGUUCCAUACCCUUUUUUGUGUGUAUAUGUAUAUAUUUUUUUGUAAUGUACAAAAUAAAUUCUAGAGUGAGAGAAUACAACAAAACCACAUGAGCUGGGCAGCCUUUUUACUGCCAGAUGAAUCUGUUGUCCACAUACUAUUUUACAUAAAUAUCGUCUCUGUGUGUUUCCAGAAAAUAAACUGAAAGCUCAGUCCCCAUUUUGAUUUCACACUUGGCAGUUAUUCAAGUUUAUUGUGCCUCCUUGCAAACCGGAAACAAGUAUAUUUGAAGAUACAUGCAUGUAUUAUUUCAUAUGUAUAGUGUAUCCUCACACUUUUUAUGGAGGAUAUGUAUUUUUGUAUUGGUAUAGUUUCUCUAGCUUCAAAAUCUUGACAAAAACCUUGGCUAUGCCAGCAUAGGAGUAAUAGUUUUGUUAGCUAUAAUUACUCAGAUGUAUGUUUGUGAGUUUGUUUUUUUUUUUUUUUUUUUAGCAAUGAAAGUUUCAUUGUAAAUUUCUGAUGUUUUUUACUUUAUUUUAUUUUUUAUUUUAUUUUUAACUAGUAACUUUUGUUAUUGUGAUAUUAGCAUCUUUAGUAAUAUGGCUGAAAAGUGGAUAAAGUCUGUUAAAUGAAAACAACCACCCCAAAACUUGACACAGGAUUUAAAAAGCUGGAAAUUUAUUCUUCCAUUGUGUGCUAACUUUCUUGCUGUUCUUACUCACAUAUCACUGAUUUUUCUGAGCAGGUAUGCGUUGGACAAUAGGGUCAAAUGCUCUGCUUUCAAAAAUAUUGUUACAUUAUAUGUAAAUUAAUAAAUAUUUUUUACAAA